CUCAUUUGCAUUUUUUUUCUGUCUGCAAGCCUCCAGUCUAUCUGCUGUAGUUUGGCAGGAGGAGGGUUAAGUGUUUGUGAAGGGGGUGGAGAGGGAAUCCCUGGCUGGAAGCAGAGUCUGUUCAGCAGAAGGAAGGUUUCAGACUAAGGAUGCAGCCCUGCAAACAGCAUCUCUGGAUGAGAGGAACCGUCACUGUUUGGAAGGACUGUCCACGUUCCCCAUAGUCCAGGACCCUGUAGCCAGCCAUGCAUGAUCCUCUGUCCUGCAGGGUGAGUGCUCCCAGUGUUGAUGGACAGCCCUCUGCAUGCUCUGCACCUGGAUGGCAGCCUAUGGAAUCACUGCUGCUCCUAAUGCUCUGAGUGGACUGAUUGACUGACUGUGUUUGUAGGAGGCAGUCCUAUUCAUGUCUGUAGAAACAGCUGUUGCAUAUCAUGUUCACUCUACCUUUAGCUGUAGUAAGGCAUGACUGUCACAGAGGUGUGAACAUGGUUUUCAGACCCACUACAUUUUCCUGGACAUUUCUUGUUGAUGGGCAUUACUUGAAAAAUGCUGCCCUGUGGUAUUUAACAUUCAUAAUGUACAGGAGGAUAAUCCGUAUAAUUAAUCCCAGAGGUUCCAUUGGGAUUCCUACUUGAUUAAUGAAUUUUGUCUGAUUCUUGUAGUAUGUGAAUUCCGCAUGCAGCAGCACAGCACUUUUCAUGUGAUUCCUGACAGAAAGUACAAGUGAAAUGUGUCCAGGAAAACUUGGUGGAUCUGGUAACCCUGGAUCUGAUAGGUACAGAAAUGUACUGCAGUUACGUAUCAUCCCUUCAUGACACGUGACAUGCUAGGGCUGGUUGGAUUAAAAAGGGUUUGCUUACUCCCUUGAAAUUAGGGGGUUAAAGAGUUGAUGUGUUGCAAAGUGUCAGACGUUGAGCAGUGAGUGGGACCUUUCAGUUGGUUUCCAUGGUGACUGCUCCACUUUUUAGAACUUUGCUCUUUAAAUAUAAUUCAAAAUGUGUCUUGCUGUCACUUUAACUUGACACAAAUUAAGAUAAUCACUGUAUUUAUGCGUAACAUCCAUACAACAAAGUAAAUAAAGCUGCAGAGAGAGCAGACUUCCAGGACGGCUGUGCAUGGUGAGCUGUGCGCUUCACGAUAGCCGCUGUGCCACAGGUAGUGUAUCUGUGUUUGUUAUACUAUAAAUUAGCAUUUUACAUUGGGAAUGAGUCUGAGAAAAGUAAUAAUGCAAAAUACUAUGGAAGUAUGAGGGUUAAUGCCGUAAAGCUGCAACAGCAGUGGCUGAUUGACUAGUAUAGUCCUGUUGGGCUCCCAUAGAGCACAAAAAAUUUUCUUGGAAACUUGCGGGCUGUCAGCUGUCAUGAUUCCUUAAAAAGAUAUACUGAUAGUCUACUACUCAAGGAAACAAAACCAAAUAAAUUAAGAAUGUAACUGUUUAGUUUCCAUACAGCUCCGAGCAGGCUCUUGAAAUAAAAUGUUAAAGUAAAACAUUUUUAUUUGAAAUUUUUUAAUAAGAAUGUAACUCUGUCUGUAGAUUUUAAUGCGGAAAUGUGACCGCUGCAUUCAUAUAAUGACAAUGGUUUUGAGUCCUUUUUUUGUGUGCACAUGGGGGGAGGGGGGUUGUUAAGCGUUCUUUUUAGAUUACCAUGUGAUUUUUAAAUGGUUAAAUACAUAUGUGCAAUGUUGAUUCAUUUAGGACUGAUAUGUUUAACACUUUUAUUCCUGGUGUCAUGUUGGGGGAUGAAUCUGUCAUAAAAUCUCCCACUGAUCUGUUUUAGUGCCUGGCCAAAUUAUGUUAUUGUAAAGGUUUGGGCAAGAGUCAACAUGUUACCUUGUUUAUGUCUUUGCCAGUGGCAUGCUUGUGUUUGCUUUCUGUGUUUUACGUGCAUAUCUAGCACUUUUACCAAAAGAAUAAGGUGCUUUUAAAAAAAAAAAAUUGCAAUUUUUCAGAGAAUUGUUCUGAAAAUUUAGAAUGCACCUGGGAUUUAGGAAGACACACCUUGUUGAUAGAGGUGGCAUUGUAGAUGCAGAAUAAACAGACAUCUUGGGCCUAGCCCUAGUGUAUUGGUGUCUGUUCAGGAAAUAUUUACAGGUUGUUCCACUAUAUAGUUGUAGCGAGAUGGCAAUAAAGCUGCCAAAUGAAUCUACAUUUGAGCUGGAGAUGGAUUUUCCACAAAUUUGCUAUUUUUGUCUAAAAAUGAAACUCUUCUUGCUUUACUAAUAUUUUAACAGUCCGAUGAAUAACCUGAAAUAAAGUAAAUGGCAGGUGAAAGGGAUGGUAAACGUUGUCUACUAGAAAUGCAAUCGUAUUGCUAACCAAUAGAAAGUCCCUGCUGAUUCUAUUGGUUUCUACAGUGAUUGCUGCACUUCUAGAGCUUUGCUCCUCAUUUCUGCAAGCAACAUUUGUUUUAUAAAUAUCCUUCAUAAUGCUUGGAAUAGAGUAACCUAAAAAUGAGCUCCAGCAAUCUGCAUUUAAAUGACUUGUUCAAUCAUAAAGAGGGCUGAAGCAUGGGAUGUCUAUUGAUGGGGGGGGAGAGAGAGAGUGUGUGUGUCUGUCUGUCUGUCUUGGGGGAGGGGAGGAAUUGCACACUAACUUCUUAUAAAUUAAUUUUAUAAUAACUGUAGAUCCUAAUCCUCUAAAAGUAUCCCCAUCCUACUGCAUUCAUCAAAAUAAAAAUAUCAGGCAGAAUUUUGGCAUAAACUAGCACCGUUAACAGACUUUUCCUUAUUACUACCACCUGUGUUCAUAGCAUGAUCUAUAAUUCGUCUACAGAGCCCGCUCCCACACGGUGCUCUGGGAAUGAUGCAAUACGGGCGCUUGUGCCACCAUUAUUUUGUGUAAUGAACUCAUCAUGUCCGAAGUCCUGUUCCAGACUGCAUGCAACCUUCAGUUCCUAUGUAGAUCAUUUUAUUUGGAAGUGGGUUCCUCUAUUGUGUGCGUGCAAUUUCGAAUAAGCAGUGUAUGAUGACAGAAUGUAAAGUCUAUUCCUUAUAACCAUAAGUCUUAAAUGCUGGCACUGGAAAAUAUUAGAAUUAUUACACCCAGACCUUAAAAAACAACCCCCUAAAAAAAACAACCCAUCUGAUUCACCGGAUUGGAUUUUUAACUUUUUGGCACUUUCACAUUUCUUUUAUAAAAUCCUCCAUACUGAUACUUCCCCUCACCUUUUAGCAGAGCAUAUUUUGGGAGAGGAUACAUGCAAAUGGAAUGCUGAGGAGUAGAUGCAGGUUUCCUAUUGGCUUCAUAAAAGUUUUGGAACGAUGUGCAGUCUAAGUUGUCAUGGAAACCAAUUUAUUUUGAGAACGGAGCAUAGGACGGUUGUAAUGUCUUUUAAAAGAAUUUCCCUGGCGUGUUGUCAAGAAAUGAAUUGGUUUUUUUUUUGUUCUUUUUUUUAUACUGAUCUGUAUAAUAGUAAUUUUUAAUACUUAAGCUGUUUGGCAUAGGUGUUGUAAUUGCCUCUUACAAUCCUUUACUUUUGGUGUGUCAUGUUUAACACUUUCACUGCUGGAAUAAUGAGUAACCAAAGAGGGGAGAUUAUUAUUUUAGUGUCAUUCUCUGCACAGUUCUAAGUGUAGAAAUCACUAUAGAAACCAUUGACUGACUUAAUUUUCACAUACACUUCUUCACUGAUAAAUCUUCUACAAUGUUUUGCCCCUUCCCACUUUGCUGGCGGAAGGAUUAGUGAGCACUUUGUAUGAUAGAGAGGUCGUUAAUCACAGUCUAGUGCUACAUAAAAAAAUAAUGUGGAAUCUGUUUUAGUAAUGGAUUAAGAGCACUGUAUAUUCUAUUUUUAUAGAGUGUAAUGAUUAUUAUAGAGGCACUGUAGGCCAAAGUCUCUUGUCAAAUUUAGGGCAAUAUGUGCACAGUUUAAAUUAUUAACCUGGUAAUGUUUUGGCAGUAGUUGUUACCUGUUUGCAUUGCUUCCAGCUGGUAAUGCAUUUGUUCUGCCAUAUGACAAAAUAGGCAACCGCUGUAGUUUGGUGAAAUUACAAUUAAAACCACAGGACAUGAUCAUUACUCUUUUUUAAUAGUUUUUUGUGUUUACAGUAAAGACAUCAUUUUAAGUAAUACUAUAGCCUAUUACUUGUGCUUGCAACAUUUGUUUUAUGCAUAUUAAGGUGUCAUCUGUGAAAACAAAGAAAAUUACUGUAGUAAUUAGAUUUUAUAUCCGAAAAUAAUUUCCCCAAAUUUGUUGGUGGAACUCCUGUACUUGUCGCUGCUAUCCUGUCUCCACAACUCAUGGCAGCUUCACUUGACAGGAGCUUUAUUACCAUUUUAUUUUUGUGUUUGCACAAGAUUAUUAGGAUUGUUAUUCUUGUCACUAUAGAUUCCCCCAAGAUGGGAAACGUCAAUGAAAUCGUCUUACACACACGUUUUAUGUUUACAUGCAUUUUAGGGCCAAAGAAGACUCCGGUAAUGUCAACAGUUAAAGAUUUAUAUUAGACUUGGCACAACUUUAAAACAGACAUGCAUAUAACAUAUAAAUAAAUAUGAUUAUAAUCAAUACUUAUUUAAAUAAUGUAAAAUGUUUUUCUUUUUCUUCUUUCUAAUAAAUAAAUGUUCUUUAAAUUAAGAGACACAUACGGGCCAAUGACAUAGUAUGGGUUGUUAGCGCCCCCUAACAGGUGGACUGUUAUCACUCAGUAUCUUCAAUAGGAAAUCAAAGUGAUUUUUUUGUGUUAGUUGGAGGGCGCGCUAUUUUUUUUUUUUCUUUAUUACUACUUUUCAUUUUUUUCCCUCUAUUAUAAUUUUACACCCUUAACAAUUAUGCAAUCAGGACAGCCACCCCUUUGGCCCCUCCACAUGCUAGGCCACUGCACCUGGCCCCUUGUAAAUAUAAAGAAACCAUUUUAGCAACAUAGCUGCUACAGCCUGUUGUAGUGGUUAUGGUGCCAAGAGUCUGGUGUCAUCGCGGGAAUGAGUCAAACUCUCUUUACGAAUCCCUUAAAUCCCCGAAUCCUUCCAGUCUCUUCCAUGCAGCUAAAGCAGAAGUUCAGAACUCACUUUAGUGACUAAUUAGGUCAUUCAUUGGCUGGUAGCAAUGGGAUGGGUGGGGGGAUAGAUAUGUGUCAAACUGUUUACACAUGAUUUCAUUCCUUACUGGAGGACAACGUAAUGGGACUACUGGAUCAAUAACCACUACAGCAGACAUUAGUGGUUAUGGUGUUUUAUAGUGCUGUGGGCUCCUAGAGCAAGCAGUCUUCUAACAGUUCAUAGUUGGUCUGAUACCCCGUUUUUGUUAUGUAGUUUUUUUUUUUUCCCCCUCUGUUAUCUUUUACUAGUCCAUUGUUUGAUAGCUAACAGGCAAGGGUGUAGUCCCAAUAUUUUUUGAUGCUAUGUUUGGACUCCUGGGUGUAAAACUAUGAAGAUUUGACUGUUGCCUUUUCCGGCAAAGAGUAAUUUCAUUCUCCAGAUAGAUUAGGAAUACCAGCGGCUCUGUUCUCAUUUCAAUCGUCUCUUGUUGGUAACCAAGUGAGUGUUUAUCCAUCUUGUGAAUUCAGUAAUAGGCAAAGGUCUGACAUCAUGCAUUGGCCAGGUUUGUGUUAAUGUCUCUUGCCAAAGUACAAUGGUUCUCUUACGUUGUGCACCCUGUGUUAGCUACGAAGUUCCAAAUCCCGCAUCUCGCUGACUUCCUUUAGAAAAUUAAAGACAUUGGGUUUCUUGACUCAAACCUUUCUCUGGUUUGUUAUUCUAUGAAACACCUUUAGUAUCUUUGAUCAUCUUAUUUUACUGGCCACUAUUAAAACUGAUCCUGCCAAAAUCAGAUUCUUCAGUUAAGUUUUUACCCCAUAAUUACAUUAAAAAGAUUUUAUUUUUUGAAACACAUAUAAUAACUGCUCCAAGCGUUUGGAUGCUGUUUUGAAUCUGGGGUCAAGUGACUUCCCAUUGGACUGACAUUAGCUAAUCCAUUGACAGCAUCUCUGUUUUAUCUGGCCUGAGGUGUUAAAAGAUUUCUGGCAGGAUGCAAAUUUCGUACGUGCGCCAACUGUCUCGUUAUAGGGCAUAUGACUCAAUCUCCAGCAUUAUAUCAACUCCCCUCUUUUUUUUUUUAUCCCUCAGCUUGCAUUGAGAAAUGGCAACAAGGUUUAAAAAUGGGCUGCCAAUGACAAUAGAUGCACUCCGUGUUCUACAGCAAGAAGUUUGGUUACAACACCCAUGCAAUAGGAGGCAUUAAUUAUUGGUAGAAGCAUCCUGCAUAUUAUCGCACAGCCACAUCAUUAGUGUGUACAUUGUGUUGACCUUUGACCCUAGGUUGUAGGAGGUGAAGGUUAGAUUUUAGAAUGGUGAUAGUUUACACUUGGCCUGUCUGAGAGCUCAUACUUUCGAACUGAUGAGUAGAUGACUUUGGAAUAAGUGGCAAUAGGUUUAUCCAAGCACCAUUUAUAUUUUUCAUCCAGUAUGAUCUUUUUUUGCUUCGUUUAAGUCAGGGCUUGACAAAUUUGCAUUGAAUCCAGUGGUCUCCCAGCUAGGGGUUUGUGCAGGCGGGUGGCAUGCUGGGGGUCCUGAAAGCGGGCAGGAGGCUGGCUUAAUACUAGAAGGUUGUGGAGGUGGGCAGCUAGCUGCACGAAUAGUAGGCGGGCGGCGAUGAAGCUGUGAUGUCCCUGCACUGCUCCUAUGCGCACUGCUUGCUGCGGCUUCACUAAGGGGCACAAGGAAGAAGAGCAGCUCCCUCACCGCCCGCCUCCACGACCCUCCAGCAUGCUCUCCGCCUCCAUAAUCCCCCAUCUUGCUGCCCGCCUCCACAAUUUCCUAGCCUGCCUCCUGCCUACCUCAGAGGUAAUGGGCUCACAUAUCCCAGAAGCCAAGGCAAAAUUUUUAGGUGCCAGGUUGCCUGGGAUUUGUCGAGCCCUAGUUUAAGUGACUACUAGUAAGCUGUGCAGCAUGUAACAUUAAAGGAUCACUAUAGUGUCAGGAAAACAAACUCGUUUUCCUGACACUAGGGUCCCCCCCACCCUCAGGGCCCCCCUCCCUUGGCGCUAAAUGGGGUUAAAACCCCUUCAGCCACUUACCUUUAUCCAGCGUCGGGCUCCCUCGGCGCUGGUGACCUCUCCUCCCCCGCCGACGUCAGCUCCCGAGUGGAGCAGAAUGUGCAUGCGCGGCAAGAGCCACGCGCACAUUCAAGCAGUCCAUAGGAAAGCAUUUCUCAAUGCUUUCCUAUGGACGUUCUGCACGCUGAAUGCGAUUUUCGCAUUGAGCGUCGCAGAAGCGCCUCUAGCAGCUGUCAGGAAGACAGCCACUAGAGGCUGGAUUAACCCUGCAGUGUAAACAUAGCAGUUUCUCUGAAACUGCUAUGUUUACAUCUGAAGGGUUAAAACCUUGGGGAACUGGCACCCAGACCACUUCAUUGAGCUGAAGGGGUCUGGGUGACUAUAGUGUCCCUUUAAAAGAAAUGCUUUAUGGGGAAAGACCACUUUCAUGUGAUAUAUAUAUAUAUAUAUAUAUAUAUAUAAAAACCACACUCUGCAUUAUACACACACACUACACACUCUGCAUUAUAUACACACACUACACACUCUGCAUUAUAUACACACACUACACACUCUGCAUUAUAUACAGAGUGUGUAGUGUGUGUAUAUAAUGUAGUGUGUGUGUGUGUGUGUGUGUGUAUAUAUAAUGUAGUGUAUGUAUUUAAUGCAGAGUGUGUAGUGUGUGCAUUAUAUACACACUACAUUAUAUACACACACUACACACUCUGUAUAUAAUGUAGUGUGUGUGUAUAAUGCAGAGUGUGUGUGUGUGUGUGUAUAAUGCAGAGUGUGUAGUGUGUAUAAUGCAGAGUGUAGUGUGCUACACACUCUGCAUUAAAUACACACUACACACACACACGGUACUCAUUAUAUACACACACUAUACAAACACACUGCAUUCACUAGACACACACUACACACACUGCAUUUACUUUACGUACACUACACAAACACACACACUCUGCAUUCAUUAUAUACACACUACACAAACACACACAGCUCCUCGGUCUAAACACACUGCAUCCACUACAUGUGGCAUGUAUAUUUUGUGCAUUUACCUUUAGAAAUAGUUUAUUUUUUCAAAAUGCUAAAUGUACAGAAUAUCAGCAAGUUAUUGGCUAUCGGCCUGAAAGUUCACAGAUUAUCGGUAUCUGCUCUAAAAAAUCAAUAUCGGUAGAUCCCUAAUAAAUAUAUAUAUAUAUAUAUAUAUAUAUAUAUGUGUGUGUGUGUGUAUAUGUAAACUUAUCUUCAACAGCAUAAAGUAUUUCUCAGAACAAAACGUAAAAAUAUGUUUACUUGCUGUACUCAGCCUUUUCCUUGUAAAUUCUGGGUCGCCUGCUUCUUUAAGUGACACUAGAGAGUGGAAAGUGCAGAUAGCAUCUGACAUCACCUAUCCUGAUUAACUGAUCUGAUAAAUAAUAAACUCAAUGCAUUUUACCAUGAAAGAUACAUUUACAGUAAUAGUCUGUAGGUGCCCUGCUUAGGGAUUUUAUCAUUAUCAGAUUCAGCCGUUUAGAUUUUUAUUUGUUUUGGGUGGGGGGUUGCAAGUUAGGUUAAUUUAUUAGCUUGUAGAUCUAGUGCAAUCAGAUGGCAACUCUCAAGCAAAUGGAGAAUUACAAGUCCCAUAAUACUCCGCAGUUAUUGUAAAUGAAGAGGAGUUUGCCUGUGACUGGAUAAGAAUUACAGCACUUGUAGUUCCAUAACAAAUGUAGAGCUAAAUGUAGACUAAAACUGAUCUGAGUAUAGUUUGAUUAAUCUAAAUUUGCGUUGCAAGAUUUCCUGGCCAACCCCUCUGUGUUGUGAUUCUGCUGCAAAUAUUAGCAGGUUGGUUUCAUAAUGUACAUUUAACCACACGUGUUUUUGUUAUUGUUUCUUUCCUUUUUUUCUUUAUUUCUUUAGAAAAUGUAUCUUAGGGAAACUUUUUCCUCUUAUCGGAAUUGUGUGGCAUCUAAUGUAUAUAGACAAGCAGUCACACCUUACCUGUCAUUUUAAUUUAUAAUGAUAUAUUCCUAGGUAGGGGGUCCUUUUUGAGCUCCUCAUAUCACAAGCACAAAUGGGGGCAAAACAAGACUGUACAGGAAAAAAAUAGUUUAAGAUUUUUUUUUACAGUAAAGUGCUUGCAUAGUCCACAGAUUCUUCUAAUACUGCAUAUUUUUUCAGUAUAGUAUGUAUUUAACUUUUGCUUUCAGGCUAUCUUUUAAUGUGUUAGAUUAGAGAAGGCGUUGAUUACUUAAAAAUAUUCCUUUCCUUUUUUUUUUCCAUUAAAGAUCAGAUUUAAAAAUGUUUCAAUGCACCCUUUAAUUUAACAAAAAAGUGAUUCCUGUCUCACUAUUAAAACUCCGGCACUAAUUAAAUAUCCAGCUGUUUUUCAGGAGUUUCUCCAUUAUGCCAGAGACGUUUGACUUUUCUCAUAGGCUGUCUGAAGGAGCCACUAACUUUUCUGGAAAGUAAAUUUCCCUUGUUCUGACAAAAUUUGGUAUGAAAACAAGUAUAUUGUUAACACACAGAUUAUAUGUGCUUUUGUUGUACCCUUCAUUCUGGUUCCAUUUCUGAAGUCAUACUAUUAACUCUCUCUGCCAUCACAUACAAACCCCUCUGCUACCUCUUGUCUCAUCUUCCCAGUUUCACCUUUAGAUUGUAAGCUUACGGGCAGGGCCCUCUACCUGUUGUAUUGGUCUGUUCCUAUUGUGUUCUCUUUCCCAAUUGUACAGCGCUGUGGAAUAUGUUGGCGCUUUAUAUAUGCCAGUAAUAAAUAAAUAAUGUAGCAUUCAUGGAUUGUAUAGAAUGUAGGGUUAUGGGUGUCUUUAUAUCAAUAUUGUCAUGUACUUUUUGCAAUACCUUAAUAAUUAAGCUGCUUCCCUUGCAACUUCACUUUAUUAAUUAGAAUAUAUAUAUAUAUAUUUAUCUUUGUCUUUUUUUCUUCGUACUGGUGGUGUCUAAUUGCCACCAGUUUGUUCUCCUUUGUCUAUGAUGCCUGCACUUUAACUCUCAAGGGUUAUUUUGAAUAAUGGAUUGUGGGUAAAUUAUCCUGGCAACUUAAAAUCCAUCCUUUGCCAGAAAUUGUCAGUGAUCGAUCUCCCUACUACUACUACUACUUUUUUUAAUGAAUGGGGAGCUAUUGAUUAGCUUAGAGCAUCAGCAGCAGUGCCCCUAUCUGGCAACGCUCCAUGCUUCCUGUAACUCCAUUGUAGAAACCAGAUGCCUCUGGAGGGCAACCUUUGGGGUUAAACCAUUCGAUAACGGUUUAACCCCUUGAGGUGAUAAAAUGCCAGGGUCAUCCGGGUACCAUAACAACUUCAUUUUUAAUAAGUUGUUAUGGAUGGCGCCCAUAGAGAUUCUUUAAGCUCUGUGGAAUUGUUUGGCACUGUUUAUAUAAGUAAUUAUUAUAAAAUAUAGAAGCACCUUUCUAAAAAGCAAAGCCUUAAAUUUUCUAGUUUACAUUUAAGAGGAUUCCCACUCCUGAAUCCACAAUCCUAUCAAGUGUGUUCCCUCUUUUCAAACCUUUUGAGCUUUUGAAGGUAUGAAGACAGAUAUUGUAUCUGAACACAUUGUAUUUAUCUUUUUGGUUUAAUCCUGUUCAGUUCCUGAAACUACACCCUACUGCCAUUCUGUGCAAACUGUAUAAAUGCUUCUUUAUUGUCCACAGUCGCUUAAUGCACUGCAACUCUGUGACAGAGACAAAAGAGAUCUUUUGUCAUUUCUCCUAGAUACUGUUGCACAAUAUCCUUCUUUAACCAUUUGAGCUUCGAAAGUUAAAGAACCAUUAUACUCUGGGGUGAGAUUUGAGAUGAAGUUUUAUAGCAUGUCUGCUUCCCGACUUGUCAUAUUUUAAACGAUAAAAAAACUUUACAUUAUAUUUUAAGAAUAUUUUAUUUAAGCUGUUAACAAACAAGCUGGGAAACACUAUUGUCUUCUCGCCUUUUAUUGCCUAGCUAUAUCUUCCAGCAGCCUCAUUCUCUGGAAUUAAAGCGUGCAUUGGAAAAUUCCUUCCCCCAGCCACAGAUAAACAUGCGCAGCCAAUUUAAAAGCAUUACAUUGUCUUAAUAUACAUAUAGUAAUAUUUACAUUUUACAACUGUUUGUAGAUGCACAUGUAUAAUGUAAUUCUGUUCCUAUUAUUUGUUUGGUUUUUAUUCAACUUUGUAUCAUAAUUUAGAACAGAAUGUUUCCAUGACAUGAAAAGAGAAAUCAUAAUUUGUUGCUGGGAGAAUAUUUUUAUAAAUAAUACAAACCAUCUCUAUUUAUAAGUGUUUCACAAUAGCUUCAUUGAGAAUACACUUGCAUUUAUAAUUUAAAUUUAGUGAGGUCUGUUUAAUAAUCCUUGAAUUGUGAUGUAUUGACAUCUGCAGUUUAGACAGCUACCCUUUCUGUUUUACAUAUCUACUCUGCGAUCUAUUAUUGCCUUUCAGUUUAUCUCAUACCUUCUAAGUGUCCUCCUUUCUGACACAGAUUUGUCUGUCACUCUGUGUCUCUGCUAUGUAGGUGUUUGAAAAGUCUGAUAUUGUAUUACAGAGCUCCACAGCAGUAAUUCUACAGUAAUGUGUCACAGAGCUUCACAGCAGCGAUUUUUUUUUUUUUUUUUUUUUUUUUUUUUUUUUUUUUUUUUUUUUUUUUUUUUUUUUUUAAAUUUCUUUAUUUUUGUGGUGCAUGAGUGGUACAAACCAGCCAUCAACGCCACAACAGCGUUAACAGUGACCUUAAAGAGUAUACAUCAGAAACAAUUGUGUGGCUUCUCUAGAAACGGCACCAUUUAAAAUUUUUAAGUAACAAGCUAAAUUCACUGAAGAUAGAGAACAUUUGUAAAGGGUUAAUCAUGAGUUCUUUUUAGAUGAUAGAGUAGAUGCUGAGUGUCCAGUAUGGUUUUUAUGACCUGUAUAAGUGACUAUUGAAAAUUAUCGAUAGAGACAAUAUCCUAAUGACAGGUGUAGGAACAUGCUUGGUAAUAUUGCCUUUUGGCUAUUUUUAACGAAGUUUCUCCAAAUAUUCAACUCAGUCUGGACACCCUAUUAAGUGGGACUGUGACACCUUUUAUCAUGCCAUACUACUGUAUGUUAUAUUUCACCAGUACCAAGAAAGAAAAAGAAACAAAAAUCAAAGAACAAACUGUGGGAGAUGGGGACCCUUAUGAGCUGAACAGACCCUUAGUCUAUAGUUAAAGCUAGGAUAUAGGCAGGUGACGGUUAGCAUGAGACCUGGGGCCUAAGGGACAUGGUAGCCAGGUCCUGCUUUCAAGUAUGGUGCUCCGCCUAUGCCCACCAAGCUAUGCAUCAUGUUUGGUGCUGUGUUACAUGUCCAUGUCCCCAUAUAGCUACCCCACCAUCUCCAGUGUCCAUCACAGUCCUGUCCCGGAUUCUCCCACAACUUCGGGUCUUUGGUUAGGGCUCAGGAACUGCUUGUGGGUUGCUCUUUACAUACUGCCCGAGGGUGAUAGCCGGGCCGGGGUUCAAGUAGGCGGCUGCGUGGUACAUGGCGGCGUCUCCUGUGUCUGGGUGUGCUCUGCAGUGCCCCUCUCCGUUCUCUCUUAUGCUGCUUUCCAAGUUUGCGCUUCUGUGCAGUUUUGAGUGCUGCCCUUUGUGCAGGCUUCCAUGCAGACCGCUGUAGUCACGCCAUAUUUUCUUUUUGAGCUGCUAGGGUAAGUGUCCUGCCCGUGGGGCGCUUUCCCACCAAGCCCUCUGGGCUUCUCCUCAGUACCUGUGUAGGCUGGUUGUUGGCAAAGCGUGCCUGCAGUUUGUUCCAAAAAGCUUGAAAUAUUACCUCCAGCCUGGUGUCAAAGGAGUCAAGGUGUUACUCUUGUGUUUGGCUGAGGGCCACCGAGGUCUGUGAGAGGGCCUCCGCCAUCUUGUGUGGUCUAGGCUCCGCUUCGUUGCUGCUAUGCUCGAUGCGCAGUUGCGGUAGGGUGGGAGCUGGGCUUCCCUUGGGGACCGGGAUAACCCCCACCGGUCCAGGGGGUGGGGGGGUUGGAGUCCCUCAGUGUCGCUUGUUGGGACCGGCUUCAGGGAGAGCGGCCGCCUCCCCCCGGUUCCUUUUCCAGUAGGCCGCAUUUGGCGUUCCUGUUGCCCGGGCGUCUAUUAGGCAUCAUUCUGUUCAGUGGUGCACUCCUAGUGUGAGACUGUGGGCUCUAUGGUCGCUGAUUUUUGCCUUUGACUGUGCGUCUGAGCAGCUCCAAGGUCAGGCUCCGCCUCCCACAGCAGUGAUUUUAUGGUAAUGUAUGGUGGAUAUGAGUGUAUUACAUAGCUCCACAGCAUGACAACUCACAUUAUUGUGGGGGAUCUACUCAUACAACACAACACUUUGAAUCAUUAGAUUUAUAGUAAUGUGUGCGAUUUAUUGGUGUCAGAAUAUACUAUGAUCCAACACGCAGUUGGGUAUAUUGUAUACUCUCAGAAAUAUAAGUAUUUCCGGGCCUUACAGUGGCCAGACUUAAUGUAAAUAAAGAAUGGUCAGAGACAAGCCAAGGUCAUGGAUACAAAAUGAGACUGUAACGAGUAGACAUGCCAAUAGAUCAAUGAUACCAGAAAUAAGAAUAGUUAAUAACAAGCAGAGGUCAGACUAGCCAAAUAGCAAUACAAGAUAAACGCACUCUGAUUACUACCAGUGAAUGGAAACCACGAUAGGGCACUGAUAAAAAAUAAAUAAAAUUAGUCUAGCCCUAGGAUGGCAGGGAUUGACUAGAAGUUAUCUUGUGACGUCAAAACUAAUGUGCUUGUCGAUGAUGCACUCAUGUUUGAGUCAAUCAUGUCACCUAGGAGGCAGAAUUUUCUGUCAGAAUGCCACACCGACAUACAACUCUAUGGGAGGCGGACCGGAUCAGCUUCCUCUGUAGCUGUGACCGUACUGAUCACGUCUCUCUGGCACCAUGACAACUGAUAUCUGAGUGCUCCACAGCAAUAAAACUCACAGGUAUGUUUGCUGUGUAUAUUUUGUGAUGAUCUGUUCUAAAGUAUUGCUUUGGCUACAUAACCAGUUGAUGGUAGUUUAGGUAGUUUCUUAACAAGGCUUGCAGUGUUUUGUCAGUUGGGUUUGUUGUACAUACAAAUAUACAUGUAUAGACAUUCAUUUUUCCACAAAUACAAUAACAAACUGCAUUAUUUACAUGAGCAUGAUCAUGUUCAUAGAUGUUUGCUUAUAUACCUAGGCAGCAAACAAAUUAUUACAUCACAGCCUCUUUUGUCUGCUGUUGUCUUUCUCCAGCUGUUAUCGGUGUUUGGUAUCAGUGUACUAUAACAAGCCCCUGGUAAGGUGGUAAAGGAGCUGAAGGCUAUGGCUGCACUGAUUCAGACAAAAUUAAUGGUUGUGCAGGUAGCUCUUCAACUGUUCUAGGAUGUACCAGCAGCUCUCCUCUAUGAAAAGAAUCAUGUCUUUGGCUGAGCACUACAAGGGUUGUAAUUUCACAGCUACUGGGGAGUCGUGAGAUCAAUUAAAUUUAUACUAGUCAUUGUCUCUGGUACAAAUGUUUAUUGCACUUCAGACCACAUUGUUUAAGAUUAGAUUUGUUUCCUUUGAGUUUUGCUGUUCCGUUUGCUAGAAGUACAUUACUUUAUAUGCCAGGUCUCAACAAAUCCCAGGCGCCAGGUCGCCAUGGAGACUAGAAAUUUCACUUGGUGCCUGGGAUGUCAGCUCUUUAAGGGAGCCGACCGCCAUGGCCUUGGAGCCACCCACAUGCGGUGCGCGAUGGAGCUGUAAUCUACCCACAGGUCCUCUCCACUCCUUCACACGCUGUUUAAUUAUGCCAGGUAGCUUACUGCUCCCUCGCAUGCAGGGAGACAGCGCAGCCCCACUGGACCCCAGGGAAAGAUCAACUCAGCUUUACGAAAGGUAGGGAUACUGAUCUUUCCCUGGGGUCCAGUGGGGUCCACUGUGCAGCACUGACCAAGGACUCUCUAGUAACCAUCUGAGUGACUGUUACUAGACAGUAAUAUAAAGACUGCCUUUUCUUUGAAAAGGCAGUGUUUACAUUGAAAGGUCUGCAAGUACAGUAAAUAGACACCAGAACAACUACAUUAAAGGACCACUAUAGUGCCCUGAGGGUGCCCCCACCCACUAGAGGCAGGAUUAACCUAUUUAUAAACCUAUUUAUAAACAUAGCAGUUUCUCUGAAACUGCUAGGUUUAUAAAAAAUAAAAAAAAGGUUAAUCCUAGAUGGACCUGGCACCCAGACCACUUCAUUAAGCUUAAGUGGUCUGGGUGCCUAUAGUGGUCCUUUUAAGCUUUAGUGGUCCUGGUGUCUAUAGUGUCCCUUAAGAAUUGCAUUUUUCUAGUUGAAAAUGAAUGUUAAACUUAAAAAAAGUUUUAAAAAAAACUGACUCCUAACAUUUUUAGCUGGCUGCUAGAUUCUAAGCAAAUUUGUCAAGCCCUGUUAAAUGCUGUCAUGUGCACUGGUUCGUAAUAAACAUGCACCUACUCCCAUUGACCUUAGCCAGCAAGUAAAGGGAUCAGGGCAGGUUUUGGUGAAAUGAAAUUAAGAACGAAGUCAGAAAGGGGAUGUGUUGGUGACACAAUUUUCAUCAUUGGUGACGUUUGGUGGCCACAAAUUGGGUUAAUUCCCCCUGGUACAUGGCUCUGUCUGUGCUCAGAUUGCUGCUGAAGAGAUUAAAAGCUGUGUUAUACUUUAAUAUAUGUCAGAUAUAUGUAUGUAUUUUUGUCUUUGCUCCAGUCAGGCAGAAAUGGCUCAUCAUUACAAUAAUUACCAACCAGAAUAUCAAAACGCUUUGGCAGAGCUCAUUGUGAGGUUUAAUAGUGCUGGUUAGCAGCCAGUGCUUUGCUGUUCGUGCCUCAUGCAAGCUGCUCGAUUAGCUGCUUUUCAGCCCACUUCUGGAUCUGUAGCAGACAUUUUUUUUUUUAACCUGAUCACCCCCUCAUUACAUUGCUGUCCCUGAAGCAUAGACUUGUCUAGCUGCAUUCCCUUGCUGUUCCCUCACUAAUUGUUCCCAAGAGACCAGCUGUCAGUGCAUUGGAGAUGUGGUCCUUGCAGUAAUACCUCCAGGCAGAGCUACUGCACAGAGUUUUAAAUGCUUUGCCAAGACCUGCAGGUGUGACCGUUGCAUGGUGAAUAUAUGUAUGUUAUUUACACACUCACUGGAAAUGUAGCUCUGAUUACAUUUUUCCAGGAAACGCUGGGCAACAGAGCUUAAUAUCGAAUUGUUCAGACCCCAGGCAAUGAGACGUCUAAAUGAAUAACUGCCUGUAAAAUCCAUCAAAAUAUAUUUCACAAUUGUCACUCUGACUACACCAGCAGCACUGCCUAAGACCGUUUUUAAUAUGGCCUUUUAGUUAACCUAACACGUGCUCAGAGCCACACUGACCUAGUAAUCACAUUUUAUGGUACUCGCCUUAACCAUUCAACUGCCAGAUUUGCACAUUCCAUCUCCGCUCUAGUAUUAUCAUAAGCUGUUUAGCUAAUGCAUUUUUUUUCUUUAACCCCUUAAGGACCAAACUUCUGGAAUAAAAGGGAAUCAUGAAAUGUCAUGUGUCCUUAAGGGGUUAAAUAGUGAAUCUGGGCAUAUGUGUACAUGUGUGUUGUUUUGUUUUGUUUUAACAUUUGCCUGCGUCUUUAGUAAUGCAUUAUCACCUUAAUUUUUCAUUCAGAUUUGUGCAUUGAUUGGAAAAGGGGCAGGAAUGUGUUACUCUAGCUGACCCAGGAACCAAACUGGUUAAUUUAUACCGUAGCAGAAGUUCGGCCAGAAAUGUGUCUGGCUCAAGAUGUCCAUGAGAAAGUGCAGCCGUGAUAGAAAGCUCCAAUCUCUCCCCUCCCAACCAUUCAAACACAAAUAAAAUCUAAGCCUUCUCCCCGCUGAUUCAUGCCAUGUCCCUGUCCUCUUGUUUUACUAUCCACUGGGGAGUGGAUUAAAGAUGAUGAAAAAUGUUCGCUGUGCCCGCCCCAAAUCUAUUUUCUCUGGGAUGUUAACUCUUCAAAUGCAAAGUGGGCGCAUCACAGAUUGAAAUUUUCUCCCACCGUUGCGUAAUGCACAAUAACCAUAAUUAAGACCUUUUGUGGUAAAUGUAUCAAGCUUCAAGCUUGCAAUUACCAGUAAGUAAAGUAGUUGGUUAAAAGCAGGAUCAAGUAGCAGUACGGUAUUAGUGUGAAGGUAUGAUCAUGGCUUUUCAUGCACAUUUUUCAAACCCCAUUGCAGUCCAUUGUUUUGUAGUCUGCUGCUCUUCCAUACUCUGUGACCUUGCAGGUUCUGAGAACAACUGGUUGUCUUUCAGAGAGACAGGGAGGAUUGUCAGAACCAAAUUGUACUUUAAAAUAAAUGUAUUUUAAAAAUAAUUGCAAAUGUGUUGCCCAUGCCUCUAACCUUCUGUUACUGUCCCGUCCCAGAUAAGAGUCUGCAUGAGAAAUGUCUUGUUAAUAAUGAAGUGUGGGCUGGGCCAGCUCAUUUCUCUAUGAUGUUCAUUCCUGCACCAAGUGGCUGGAUUGCAUUAUUGAGUAAGGGUGGGAAUUUAGUAUACAUGGCUAGAUUCUACAUUUAACUCCUUAUUGGCUAAUGAGAAUCCUCACCGCAAUGCCCAAUGUAGCAAAUUAUAAAAUUAUACCAAUUAAUGAAAUAACUAACUAUACAUUAACGUUUGGCAUUCCAAAACCUAUUCAAACUAUUCUUUUUUGGAUCCAAAUUAUCCACUAUUGUGAAAAUUACCCCCAAUUCUCCUAUAUGCUUCACUCCAUCCAUCCUGUCAAAAUCACUAGUUACAUUUCGUUACUCCCCUAAACCAUCUGUCCGGCUUCAUUGUAAGUAAUUGUUAAACCAAGGAAGAUUUAGAAUUCCUUUGGGAAAAGAAAAGUUAAAUCUUCGUGAUAGCAACAUAUUAAAUCUAAGCUAUUGCAUUUCAGUAAAGCUCUUUACCAUGUUCCCGACAUCCCUAAGGAAUGAAGGAGUUCGAGUUUUUAUGUUUUAGUAUUUUUGCUUUCCAGGAACGAGAUCUUGGAACUAGCUAUAUAUAGCGUGUCAUCUGUGGAAGGAACAUUUUUGUCAUGCAGGGGAAUAAAUGCAAAGCUGUAAUGUAAAGGAUAUAUGAUUUCAUCGACAGUGACUAAUGGUCUUUGCAACUGGCUGACUAAUACAUACAGUGCGGCCCAUAGCUAUUUGGACAGUGAAACACAUUUUUGACCCUGUUCAACUGCAAGUUGGAUUUUAAAUGAAAUAAGACCGCAAAGUGUAGUAUGAUGGGUUUAAUUAAUAGGUAUUUUAUAUCUGUAAAAUAUGACUAGUGCAAGAAAUGCAACCCUUCUUAAACAUUGCCCUUCAUUUCUAGGGGGUUCAUUCAUAUUUAGUUAGUAUGUAGUUGCAUAUCUUUCCAAUGGUUUCCAAACUCUAUGUGCAACGCCUAGAUACCACCAGAUACUUUGUAUCUUUACUGGGGAUACUUUUCCAGGCUUGUGCUAAAGCCAUCAUAAGUUCCUGUUUUGGGACUAUCUUUCCCUUCAGUCUUGUUAUUAGCAUGUCAAUCACAUUGUCUGCUCUGUUCAGGUGGGAGGAUUGAUUUUGCGAGUGAAAUAUUUCAUUUUUUUUUAAUUCUAGGUUGCUGUAAAUUUGUGUGUUGCCUUGCUGCAGAAUAAAUUAUGUUGAUGCAUAUGUUUGGAGCUGAGCAGAUGAGGAUCUUGUGUCCACUUUAGAAUUCCACUUGUUUCAUCUGACAGGAGUCACAUCAUCAAUAAAAUACAUGUGGCUGCCAUACAUAACUAAGUCGUAACACUACCUCCACUAUGAAUCGCAGAUGAGGUGAUAUUAUUUAGAUCAUGUGCUGUGCCAUUUUUAUACACAUUUUCCAUCACUCUAGGUUUAAUUUUGUCACAUCUGUCCAUAAGACUUUAGUAAAAUGUACUUAGAACUGUAGAGCUUUGGAACCAGCUGUAAGAAGGCUAGUUUGUUUUCUAGACUACUGGUUAUUUGCAUCUUAUGGUAAACUCACUGUGGUUUUGCUGGUGUAAUCUUUUGUUUAUGAUACAUUAUGUUUGUCUGUCUGACAGUCAAAGAGUGGAUUCUCUUCCACCAGUGUCCUUCCAUGGCCUGCCAAGUUAUUUCCUAUUGCCGAACUACUAAAUGCAUUCUUACUUUCCUAAAGUUGUCCAUAACACAGAUUUUGACUUUCAUGAUGUUUUUCUGUAUUUGAACAGUUUAUUCUGAUUUUAGUUUUUGUUUUUUUACAUGUUCUUCUUCAUUAUUAUAAUUGCCUGCUUUACUACUAUUGAAAUUAAAGUGAAUUUCAAAUUUAAGGGUAAAAUAGAACUGUAAAAAAUGUCCAGGUAAUUUGUGCUUGCAAUUUCAGCUUAAAUUUGAAAUUCAUUUUGAAUUAUUGGCAAUUCACACUUUAAUGGAUAACCCUAUUAUAAUCACCUCUAGGACUUUUGAUAGCUGUUGUUAAUUAAUUACCAAAACACACACACACACACACACACAAGAAAGUGGCUUACUAGCUAAAUAGGAGGUGUUUGUCAGCCCUCUUGCACUUAACUUAGCACAGGGCUUGACAAAUUUGUUUGGAAUAUAGGGGCCAGCUAAAAAAGUUAGGAGCCAGUAAUUUUCAAUGAGAAAGUGCAAUUCUUAAAGGGACACUUUAGUCACCAGAACCACUACAGCUUAAUGUAGUUGUUCUGGUGUCUAUAGCCUGUCCUUGCAGGCGUUUCAGUGUAAACAGUGCCUUUUCUGCGAAAAGCCAGAGUUUACAUUGCUGCUUAGUGACACCUCUAGUGACAGUCACUCAGAUGGCCACUAGAGACUCCUGGGUCACUGCUGCACCAUGUGCAGCACCCUGGUUCAGUGUCUCCAAGCUCUGCAUGGAGGCGCUGAAUGUUCAUCAUAGAGAUUGAUUAAUGUAAUGCAUCUCUAUGAGGAGAUGCAAAUUGGUACAUUUGCUGCGCAUACACAAAAUCAUCCCAAUGCUUUCCUAAAGGAAAGCUUUGCCUAAACUGAGAUUAUAAAGAUUGAUCAUCUCAGCCGUGGCGAAACUGGCACGUCGUGGGAAAUGGGAAGAAAGGUGAGUAAAAACACGUGCGAUCAGAGGGGGCAGGUACAUAAACGCGCAUACACUGACAGGUUCUCACACACUCAUGCUGACAACAGGCUCACACACACUCAGACAGGCGCUCACACACACACACACACUCAGACAGGCGCUCACACACACACUGACAGGCGCUCACACACACACUGACAGGCUCACACACACACACUGACAGGUACACACACACACACUCAGACAGGCGCGCACACACACACACACACACACACACACUCUGACAGACUCACACAGGCUUACACACACACACACACACACACAUUUUUGUUUGAAUUGUAACCCACUUAGCCUAAGUGAGUCUUUCCUGGGGUCCAGUGGGGCUGCACUCUAUCUGUGUGCGAAGGAGCAGUACUCUGUUUGCAGCUGCUCUCUGCUCCUUCGCGCUGUGUAAUGAUGCCGGGGCCGGAAUGAUGUCAUAUUCCGGCCCCGGCAUCAUUACACAGCGCGAGGGAGCACAGAGCAGCUGCAAACAAAGUACUGCCCCCUCGUGUGCCGCCCACCCGCGGGUGGCCGCCUCCUCCAUGCUCUUCAGGGCGGCCGCCCACCUACCUCCAUGCCGUUGUCAAAGCUAGAGAGCUGGCAAAUACCAGACGCCAGGGCAAAAUUUCUAGUCGCCGUGGCAAUCUGGCGUCUGGGAUUUGUCGAGCUCUGCCUUAGCACUCUGUCGUUCUGCCGAUGCCGGGAUCCAGCGGACCGCCGCUCCCACACAGCAUGAGGCUCCAGUCAGCCUAAUGGAUGCCAGCCACUGUGCGCCCGCCCCUUUUUUAUGACGUGGUGCUUGGGUGCUGGCUUCAUAACGUCAGUAGAGCUCUAAGCAAUUGAGCUCAGCACACACAUGUACCGUUUGGGGGCGUGGCUAUGCUAACCACCCCCCCAACCAUAUACAAUCCCAGUCUGCCCAAGGUACAGUGCCCUGUUGUGGUUCCUAGUGUCCCUUUAGUACGUUCUUUUUCCCCUUUUGUUACUCGUACUUGUGUAUGUCUGGCUUCCCUUGACCUUGACUUGUUUUGACAUUCCUUGAAAAUUAUUCGGGCCAUUCUAAGGACCGGUUUAGUAUUUUGAUUGCCCCACUCUCCUUACGGUUUGCAGACCACCUAGUCAUAGAACAUGUUUAAUUUGUUCCAGAUACAUCUAAUGCAUUGCCUCACAUGUCAGUCAUCAGUCCCUUUGAACAUGCUUUGUCCAGGUGCUGUGCCAUGGGUGGAAAGCGUUCUUGGAGACGCAAAAGACAAUGAAAACCUGAAAAUUUUGGAUAUAAAUAUUUAGGUUUUUGGAAUUACUUUCAACGCAAAUGUGUUUGCACUUUGCUCAUACCAGGCCUCUCAUACUUCCAAACCAAUAAUACUUGUAAAAGAGACAGGCAAACUAAGCUUUGUAAAGAUGUUAAUGUUUACUUCCGUGAGGCUUUAACAAAAAAGGAAGAUUUUUGAAUUUAUGCUUUUAUUUAGCUGUUGUAAUAAUUGAUCCUUUUUUUUUUACUUUCCCUUGGAACUGCCUUCAGAUGAGCAAGAGUCUUUGAGUAGCCCGCUGCUUUGGGGAGCCAUUUGAUCAGGGCUUAAAAUUUAAGUUCUAACCCACCAGCCACUAGUGUUUAAAAGUUACUUGCUACCAAGUUUGGAGGGUCCAUGAAAUACUCACCAGUGGUUAAUUUUCAUUAGCCAAUGGCUAGUGGAAAUAUUGAGUCUUGCGUCAGAAGACUUCCUGACAGCAGGAUGCUAUCAGAGAGUCUUUUGCUGUGGGAGAGCUUUGAUUAUAGUUUUUCAUUUUCAAGUCCAUUUCUGUACCCAUUCUUCACUGCAGAUCUUAUAAUUUCAAUAACAUUAACUUUGUUUUUUGGACCUUUUUUAAGGAGCUACCCUCUUUCUACAGUACUCUUCCUAAUGCCACCUACAAUAUAAAACUUAUGCCACUCAACCAUCUCAAACCACCUUGACACGUCACCUUCUUCAUUGUCCUCACAUUGCUGGCAAUUUGGUGGCAAAGCUCAGUUCUGUUUUAAAAUUAUGGCUGCUUUUGUUGUUUUUAAAUCCUCUCUUGCCCUCCUUUUGAAUUGUAUUUCCAGUAUCCUUCUCUCCUGUUUCUGUAUUGUCGUACAGGGGCUAGACAUAGUGGAAUAUUUUGCUGCACAAACAUUGAAAUUAUUCUUGGCUCAAAUAAAUUCAUAAAACCCCUUUUUUAUGUUUGCAUUGUUUUUCUUUCUGCAUUUUUUUGACUGUAGAAGAUUCUGACUUUUGAACCUUUGUCCUCCUGUUUUCAGUCCAUUUGAUCUUAGAAUAGUUUUUCUAUUUUUACUUUUCUCUAACAUCUGAAGAUAUCUUUUGAUGGUUUCCAUAAAGUUCUUCAUUAUGAAUUAUUUAACAUGGAUUAGAAAGGUUGAUAUUUGAGUUCAAAUGUGGCCAUCCCUGAAAGGAAGAGUAUUGUCUUGGUUGCCUCAGUGCGUUUGUUGUUUCUACUGCUGUGUAAGUUGAUCAAUGGCUGAAAUUCAGCCAGUAGUCUACUUGUCUAAUGAUUUUUGAUACAUUUUUUUUUUUUUAUAAAUGUUAACAGAGAUAGAAGAUCAUUAAAGGAAAACUCCAAACACCUCAACUACUACAAUUUACUCUAGUGGUUAUGGGCCAUGAGUACCCUAUUACCUCCCAAUUGUAAGUAGGUCUGCUGGGAACUGCUUCACACCUUCAGUAUGAGCACAGAGAGCCUUAAAUUUCUAAGUUACAACUUCCGUUAUCUCUCUUGUUAUGAGUGUCUUGUAGAACACAAGCGAUGUAAGAAGAGAGAGACCCUGCAGAAGAUAAUAUAUUCCAGCAAGUAUUUUCUCUGUUUGAAAGCAACGUGAUGAAUAUAGGCAAUAUCAGAUUGGUUUUUGAAGGUGUUUCCUUCCAAGUCAUACAUUCCAUUCCACCUGUGUAUUGUCUAUCAUUUAUUUACACUGCACACAACUUGCAUGCAACAACCAUCACUUAAUCAUCCUAUAAGGUGUACAUGACCACAUACUUGAGCAAAAAUUCUCAAAACGUGUAUUUAGAACUCUGUAGCAAACUGUGUUCUCAGGAUAUUAUUGCUUGAACAAGGAGUUUUCAAUGUUCCUGUUGAAGACACAAAUCUCAAUGUAUCCUUACUGGUAGAAUAUUUUAUAAAUAAAUAAAUGGGCCCCACAUUUUGUUCCUCUAUGAAGGCUCUUUAAAAAACACCAAAGACUUUUCGUAUACAAUAUUGAGCUCUUACAUAUAUUAGUGUACAAUCAAUAGCAGGUCAGUGUUACAAUGGAGAUAGAUAUAUUGCUGGUCACUUUGCUACUCCAGAGGUGGAGAGAUCCAGUGUGGCUAUGUGGAACAUCUAUUUAAAAGAAAGAAAAAAAAAUGGCUGCACUGGAGAACACAGAAGCCACAACUGUUUUGCACAGAAGCCACAACUGUUUUGCAAGUCAUAAAAGGGGAUAAACUAUAUAUAUAUAUAUAUAUAUAUAUAUAUAUAUAUAUAUACAUAUAGGAGAAAACAAGGGGUUGGCUGCACUCACUUGAACAUGCUUAAAUGGGGUGCUGCUGGGGGCCAAUAAGCGCUAUUUUGGUGCUGACCGUUUUUGUUAGUUUCAUUAAAAACACCUAAUCUAGGCAAAAAAUAAUGGGGGUUUAGUUACAUUAUAUGAUCAUACAUUGCAUAAGCCUGCCACAUCGUCAAUUGCAUCAUUUCCCAUCUUGGAUAUCCCAGUGUUAAUCUCUUUCUGGAUAGUGUGCAAAAGGAUAUUUUUAAUUAUGUUUUCCUCCAACACAACUUGUUUAUCUGGUAAACCGUCUAUAAUUUUCAGUAAAAUAAAAAAUAGUUCUUGCCUCUUCUGAUUGCGGUGCUCACAGGCUGCCAUAUUAUCUGUAGAGCACAGUUGGAAGAGAUUAGUGAUUUGUUUUGUUAGCAUAUCCUAUUGAGAUUGACAGCUAAAUAAAUGGAAUAAUUAAAUGAUUAAUUCCCAGUUGGGCAGAUUGUUAAACUAAAGACCACCAGCUUGUGGUUUAAGCAUGAAACGAAAGCGAUUACAUCCUGCAGUCUUUAUUUUUACAUGUAUAUCACCUUUUCACAGAGGUAGCUUGCCAGCUUACAGUGUGGUACAGAGGUAGGUCACCAGGUAUGACCACUUAUUGUAGAUGACUGCCUACCUGGACAGUGGUGGACAGGGCCCAGAGUAGGUUUUUUUGCAGGGAAUCUGUACCUAAAGAGCGUAGCCAAGCUGACUGACAGCCUGCACUCUCAAGCAGACCUUGCACAGAGUGCUGCUAAAGGGCUCUGUGCAAGGUCCUAUUGACGUGUGUUAUCCUGCAAGUCUACUGCAUCUAUUUUUGCUGGGGAAAAAUGAUUGACUGUCCCAGAAAAUGUGUGACUCUUGUCACCUAUGCAUAUAAUGUUUUUACAGAGGUAGCUCACCAACUGGCAUGAGAAGAUUAUAGUGUGGUACAUAGGUUACAUUACAGCUGGCAUGGAACUAACUUCUGAAUUGCAGUAAAGUGGGAAUUACACCCAUCUCCUCCUUAGCAAGCUGCCUGAUACUGGGGAUUUUAGUUAAAGCUGCGUCUUCUACCUGCUUUUGAAACGGCCAAUGCACAUUAAAUGUCAGAAAAUGGAGACAGAGCGUCACAUAUUGAGUUUUAUUUGGUGUCUGGUGUCACAUUGACUCCUUUUGAAUUGCUAUGUUUCCAGUUUUAGUGCUGCCAUGUGUGAAACUGAGUUUGAUGUCUCUUUUUUUACACUGUAGGUCAGUGUAGAUAUAGCUUGAUUUACUCAGGUAGGGAGCAUAUUAAAAACAAGACUGUGUUGCUGCCAGAUAGGAUCAGAAGAAAGAAUGCUUCAUCUACAGAUGUGUGUUCUGUGACAGGAUUGAACAUUUGUUCUUGCUAGUUUUCCUCUUUAAAGUUACCAGCAUGCACGGUUAGUAUUUUUCUGCAGCAAUAGCAAGAUGUAAUCACCUCCCACAGAGAAGCACAGGUUCAUGUAAAGGGAAUUAUUCACUUGGAAACGAAUAACACGCUUCAGUAACUGUCAUCCGCAAAGUCAUCCCACCCAGGGUUGUAUAUGUAUAAAAUGUGGAAUAUUACUGCUUUUAACGAAGAAGGCGAACAAGCCUUACCAUAGUAAAGGUGGGUACUCAACACACGUUCUUUACUCUGGAACAUUCCCAGCUGAAGUCACUGUAAAUUCAGAUUAACAUUUAGCCAUAUUAGUUUCAGGUGCAGUACAAGUUUUGGACAGUGGAGCAGCCAAUACACCUAAAACAUGCAAUAUAGUACCUUACAAUAAACGCAUCAAGCUGUUACUUGUAACUGUGGGAAACAUGAUGUUCUGUUUGGAGAUCAACCAGUGACCCCUAUACUUCCAGCUUUGUCUCUGCAUGAUUUUUUGUUUUAUCAAUACAUUUUACAGACUUUGUUUUACUUUAUAUAUAUAUAUAUAUAUAUAUAUAUAUAUAUAUAUAUAUAUAUAAUGCACAAUGCUUUUGAAGGUUUGUGUUGCUGGAAUAAAGGGCUAAUGUAAUCAUGACACACAGCCAUAUGAUUGCAACAGAUGUCAGACUUACGCAAGGACAGCGGAGCACGUCUGUGCCCUCAUUAUCAUAUAUUAGGUCCAGCUGGGAACGGCUCUGUUAGAGUAAAGUCUAAUCAGUCUUUAAUGCCACAUACUAAGUUAUUUCGGGAGUAGUGGUGUUUACGUAACCCUUCUCUGAGACCAUUUGGAAACUCUGCAUUGUACCUUAGUUUUUUUAAAAGUUCCUCACAAACCGAGUCUACUUAGAAGUACAUUGUAUGUGUUUUUUAUGAGAGGGAUGCUCAGGAUGAGUUUAACGUGAGAGCUUUAAAUACUACAUUGUUUUUUUCAUUUUCUUUUUGAAAUACAGUACAGUUGUAAAAAUGCUAUGGAAACCUUUACAGCACAUUAUCAUGAUUUAAUCUUUUUGUAAAGCUGUAAAUGUCUGCCUGUCCUUUGCAAUAUUUAUUUCAGCCCUGUCCUUGGAAAGAAGGAAACCAUUGUAAAGAUCAGCAUUUGCUGACUAAUGCGCCGCAAGGUCAGCUGGAGAAACUAAUUUGCAAGCAAAAGAGGGAGAAAUUGGUAAAGGAAUAACAUGAGAUAGAGGGAUAUGGUAUUGGCACUAGUCGUUAUUUGACACUUUUCUUUUUAGAUAGCUGAUCGUUGUGGCAGUCAACGGAAGCCAGAUGACUACUUGGCAAGACUCAAUAGAUUUAGAGAGCAUGAUUAAACCUCUUUGGUCUGCUGGGUAAAAGGACUAACUAACCAUAUGGCUGUCAGAACUUUUUUACAAAGUGGAAUUUCCAAAGGGGUCAAGGCAGGUGGUGAGAAAAUCAGAAUCUGUUCGGUAGCAGUGUUUAUGGAAGACAGAAAAGGAUUUGAAUUUAGGCCUACCUAGAAUUGUUGGUGCCUCUCACAACCAUCACUAAUCUUAAGGACAUUGCUAUGGUUUGUUAGGCCAGUGCUGGAGUAUAAGAAUACAACUAAGAUAUCCAUCAAGUCUGCAUUGUUAUAUGGGAACGAAGAUUUACAAUUUGUGUAUUAUUCUUAAGCAUGCUGGACACGGUUUCUAUUCCAUUCAGGAUGUUUGAACAGAAACUCUGACAGCAUUAAUUCAAAGCGGACCUGUAACUUCCAUGUGGCCUUUUUAACAGCUUAAAGAAACAGUUUAAGGAGCGCUUUUAAUAUGCUGCACACAAGUGUGUACACUACACAUAAACACGUAAUAGUCCUUUUAAUGUUAUUUGAAAGGUACCGUCUGUGUGCGUGUCGUAUAUUUACUUUUUAUUUAUGUUCCUGAUACAAACUGGCCUUUGAUAUAUUCCUUUCAGUUUGAUAUGAUAGCACAGCCAUGAAAAGCAUUUAUUGGAACAAUGUAAACAGUGGAUAUGACACAUUUAAACUGGAAGAGCUUAGACUAAGCACAUCCAGCAAAGCUGCUAAGAAGGCAAAGGAAACUAUUCAUCUACGCAGAAAAACCUUUGAUGUCAGUUUGUGCUAUAACAGCGUAGCAAGUGGCUGAUCUCAGUCUUCCAAACAUUUCUUUAAAUUUCUCUGGCAGAGGAGCAUUUUUUUGUUGUUGUAUUUUUAUUAAGUUGAAACUAGCGUGUACAACUUUCGCAAUAUAUUUAGGUAGAAAACAUGUGUAAUCACAUUGGAAUCUCAAUGGGAACAAGAAAUGAGACAUUGACUAAGUGUCAAUAACUGUAGCGGUUUGUUUGCCGCAAUGCUGUCCAUAAAGGCUGGUUGCCGGGCCUCGGUAAAUUAGUGGGCUAAUCAAAAUUACCAAAGGGAGUCCCUGGUGGUACCAGUCACUGGGCGAUCCCUCCUCUACUUAGAGGAUCAUGGAUCUGUGGCUCUGGGUGAUGGUGUGAGUCUCUUGACUUUAUUGCUGGGCGGCUUGCUGUGUAUGCAGCUGUUGGAGCCCUCCGGUUCCUCAGGUCUCUUGGUAGGCGAGGAGAGUCCCUGUCUUGGCUUGGCGGACAGGCACACUUGUGAAAGGAAGAACUCCGGAUCAUCUUCCGAUGCCAGUGUGAAACUCUCUCCCCCAAUUUCAGUUAGGAGGGAUCCCUCCACUCCCAAGCGGUAUCAUAUGCCAGAUUCUUGCAUCUGUCUGGCUAUAGAUGCCAGUUUUCUUUUCUCCUUGAGGACAGAAAAUGGUAUGUCGGGGUAUACAGCCACCUUGUGUUCUUCGUGAGGAAUCAUCCCCAUUUCCCUGGAUCGGAUCAUGAUAGCAGACCUCGUGGAGAUGUCCCGGGUCAUCAUGAUGAUGUCUCUGGUGCUUCACUGGGUGCUGCCGCUAACUUCUGAACUUGAAAUGCCGAGGUGACCCGUGGCAUGUCAUCUCUGCCUCCAAUGCCCAUGUUAGUUAUAAGGUUGUUGAUAUAAGGUAGGAGCUGCUCGUUGUCCACUGUUUCGGUGACCCCCCUGAGGUGCAGGUUUUUUCGCCAGUGUCGUGUCUCAGUUGGUGCACCUGAGAGGUUGUUUUCUCUGGAUGUCUCACAUUCUUCUAGGUCAUGGACCAUCUGGCGCACCUCCUCCACCUCUGUUUGGACUUUCUUAAGGUUGGCUCCCCAGACUUUCCCUUAAUUCUGCCAGGAAUCUUUUUAUGUCCCCCUUUGUGGAAGGUGUCUUGUCCUCCUCUGACUCUGAUGAGCAGGAGCUUCCGAUCGAGGAGAGGGUAAGGAUUCCUCCUAGCCUAGGGAGGCUUCAGAUGCUGCAUGUGCACAGUGGGCCUCAGAUGCCCUCUUUGUGCUCUGUGGGAUCACUGGCCACUUGAAAGAGAUCCGUAUAUCUGGCUGGCGGGGAACAGCUGGGUCGUGAAUUGUCUUAUUUUUUUGCCUCAUUGUCUCUGCUUGAGGGGUGUCUGUCUCGAUCUGUAUCGCUGUGGUAAUCGUUACUUUCUUUUGGAGUAUGUUUCUGGGCCCGAGCGGAGCUCUGCUAAUAGACGUCUACUCGGUAUCGCUGUCGGCCACGCCCACCCAGAGAUGCAUUUUUUUGAUAUGUACUAGAUAUAUUUUGAAACAUAAUGCAACAUAUUCUAGGUAGUAAACAUGGGGGUGACAGGUCUGGCUCUGAUUGUGGUUUUCUGGCUCUAAUUUUGGAAGUCUAGGGUAGACGACUUGGACUGUAAGAGUGUAGGAGACCAGCGAGUUGGACAGUGUGAGCCCAGGUAGUUUUAAAAUGAACACUUGUGUUUGCAAGAACUACAGAUAGUGAUGCAUUUCCAUUCAUGGAAAUGGAGUAUUACUUACCAUCCUCUCUUAAUGUGAGGCAUUUAUAUUUGACAUGAAAAUAUGGUUUAUUGCAAGUAAGAGCCAAUUGAUGCCUGACGUCCUUGUAUUAUGAAAUCUCACAAAGAUUGUGCUUGAUUAUUUGUCUUUUGGAUCGUACAAACACUCAAGCUUUUUAAACGCCUUAACUGUUUUUCAGUUCUCUUCUGUCCAUUAUUUCAAAUAUUAUUAUCUUACAUUAGCAAUUUCUUAUCCUCUUCAUCGUCAAAUAGUGUGUUCUUGUUCUUAUGUUUUUUGUUUUUUUUAAAGCUAUACUGGAUGUGAAAGAACAGUGUAAGAGUUUGAGGUAUGUCCAACAAUGUUUUUGCAGCAUAUAUGGGCACUACUCUGUGGGUGGCCCAAGUGGUUCCUAUCUGCUGACAAAUUCACUGUUUCUCCUACAUUUACACCCCCUUCUUUCCUGGCACAACAAAGUUUAAUACAGUUUUUUUUUUUUUUUUUUAUCUCAUUACAUCGGCAUGCUGCCUGAAUUCUUCUCUCUGCUAAAUUUACAGCAAUGUUCAUUUGGUCUGAUGUGGUAUCAUUUGGGUUCCUGCACUACACGAUUUUGACUGUCCCUGUUACCGUAGGUGUUACCCAUAAUUAUCUUGCCCUUUAAAGGGACACCGUAGGCACUGUAUCUACUUCAUCUCAUUAAACUGGUUAUAGUUUCUGGAGUCUCCUAGUACCAUCAUUUGUAAUGUUGUAAUAUGCCAAACAAGAGUCCCCGGCAAUAAUUACACCAAAAAAGCGCACUAAAUUAAUCUGUAAAUAUAAAAAACAAACAAAUAAUAGUGCAGACCAUCUGGGUAUAAAAUAAUAUAGAAAGAAGAAAAAUCUAAGGGAAAAAAAACUCACAUAUCCCAGAGCCCUAUCACCCUGGCAGUCUAUCCCCUCUGUGCUGCUUUGGCUAAUAAGGAAGUAUUACCCUGAGAGGCAAUGGGCAGCUGUGAUUGGCUGAGUGUGUCAGCUGGCUGAUUUUAACCUGUCAGAGCUCCAACUGACGGUAUGAAUGGGUAUGACAGCAAGGAAGUGUGUAAGCUCUGCCUUAGCUACACAUACAGAAGGGGCCGGGCUGUGGGUGGCCAGGGACUCUUAUUUUGUGGCAUACUGCACAAACAUGGUGCAACACUGAAUGGAGGGACUGUUGUCUUAAAGUUCAGCUUUGGGGUGCUCACAAUACCCCACCAAAUCACUAACAAAUUAGCAAACCUUGCCCUGCUAUGACCAAAUAUUGUUCUGCAAUAUCUGGCUCCACUCACAUAACAAACAUCUUAUAUAUAACCUGUGGCUACAUAGUAAGAACAUUUUUAUCUUUUGGCGACAAAUGAACCCUGAUAAAAUUAACCACAAGUUGACCAUUAGGGUAUGAAGGCCUUAUGGGGCAACAAGAUGACCAGAGACAAAAGUUGUCCAAGUCUAGAGUGGAUUAAUCAAAGCAGUAUAUUUUAAUGUGAGGUUUAGGCAUAGCACAAACUGCUGUACAAAGCUCUUGCCAAAGGAACGCUCUUGUGGAGCUUUCAAUACAUGAAAUGUACUAUAUGCCAGGGUUUAAAAGGACACUCUGUAAGGACACUCUAAGCACCAAAACCAUUACAUCUCAAUGGUUGGGGAAGCACUGUCCAUGCAAACCCAUGUCUGGAAAUAUCUUUUAUAAACUCUUCCAAUUUUCAAUAAACUUCAAAGGUUAAAGGACCACUAUAGUGCCAGGAAAACAUACUUGUUUUCCUGGCACUAUAGUGCCCUGAGGGUGCCCCCACCCUCAGGGACCCCCUCCCGCCCGGCUCUGGAAAGGGGAAAAGGGGUUAAACUUACCUUUUUCCAGCCCUGGGCGGGGAGCUCUCCUCCUCCCAGUCGGCUGAAUGCGCACGUGCGGCAAGAGAUGCGCGUGCAUUCAGCCGGUCACAUAGGAAAGCAUUAUCAAUGCUUUCCUAUGGACGCUUGCGUGCUCUCACUGUGAAAAUCACAGUGAGAAGCACGCAAGCGCCUCUAGUGGCUGUCAAUGAGACAGCCACUAGAGGAUUAGGGGGAAGGCUUAACCCAUUCAUAAUUAUAGCAGUUUCUCUGAAACCGCUAUAAUUAUGAAAAAAUGGGUUAACCCUAGAAGGACCUGGCACCCAGACCACUUCAUUAAGCUGAAGUGGUCUGGGUGCCUUGAGUGGUCCUUUAAUAUCCAUUUGCUGAUCCAGCAUAUUUAAGAAUCAUUAUUUUGAAUAUAAUUGUGUAUUUUAAUAUAAUUAUUAUUUUAUUAUUAUUAUUAUUGGCAUGUAUACAGUGCCAACAUAUUCAGUAGUGCUUUUAAAUAUUAUAAUAGGGGGAGAUUUAACAUUAUUAUUAUUAUUUUAAGGAAAGGAAAAGAAAUUGUAAUAAAAUGGAAUAUAAUUACAUCCCUUAAAUCUGUACACAAUUGGUUAUAGAACACAAAUCCUGCAUUCCAGGCCUGGAUAAAUCACUUUUCAUUCCUUAAAUAAAUAACUCGUCAUGGCUCUCUAAUUAGUGAAAUAAUCAAAGCAUUACACGUUUCAUCACUUAUAAUUGCUUGUAACGGGCACAAGUAUCAUACUUGCAGUAUUGAUGUGUAAUUCAAAUCAAACGAGCAUGAGGUCAGCGCUUCGUGUAUUGAAUUCAUUCAUGCUUUCAAGAUCCUACGUUGUUCGCUCUGGGUAAAUGCCGCAGGUCACUCCACACAUCCCUCCUUAAAGUUUAUGUACAGUUUAACAUUUCCCAUAUUUCUUCUCCAGUCAAUAGGCGGUGGUUCAACUUGUUUUUAACCCAAAGAUUACCAGCAGUGUGAGUAUAUAUUGCAAAGCUAUGCUAUAAGGGUUUAGUGUGCGUGUGUGUGUAUAUGUAUAUGUGUAUAUGUGUAUAUAUAUAUAUAUAUAUAUUCUGUAGAGAUUUAGGUGCAAGUAGAUUGUCUCUGCACCGUAAUCACUGCCUUUUCUGUAAAGAGACAGUGUUUACAUUGCUAUGUGAGGGUUCCUCAUGUGGCUGUCAUUCAGACAACAAGGGUUCUUCUUAUUGUGAUCCUGUAAUCUUUGCAAGACCGACAUUUAGCACAUACUGCAUGAAGACUCCAAACACUCACCAUAGAUAUACAAUGGGGCCCCAGUGCUUCUCUGUGGAGAGUCACUGAAUUGUCUGAGAUCAUCAGUAAUGAAGUUCUAAGCCAGGGGAGGAGCAACGGCUGCUGCAAGAAUGGAGCGGCGUGGAAUUAAAGGUAAGUAAAAGCUCCAUAUUUUAUUCUUUCAGGGGGCCAAUUAACCUACAUUCUAACAUUAGAUAUACACGGGACGCUUUCUUUAGGAUAACAAUACAGUAGCAUUCAAAAUUGGCUUUAACAUUGCCUGGGUUUCAGGAUGAAGUUAAAUUUGGUAUGUUGUACACUGCCUAUAUAAUAUAAGGGUUACAUGGGAGUAAACAAGGAAUAAAGGCACAUAACACAACUUGUCUAUGUAUUUUUAAGGCUUCUAAGAAUAACAGAGGGCCAGGGAGUAUAUAGUCCAUGUUGGUGGCUCUAAUUACAGCAGCUUGUGUACAGUAUAUGGAAUAGGCAGAGGGGGAAAAAAAUUGGGGUUGGGGGAGGGUCAGAGGUCCGAGUGAACAUUCGGGUGUUACUAAUCUAUUGCGUCAGUCCAUACUGUCGACAGGGUCGGUCAUCACCAGAGGCUCGGUACUCUUUCUAUUCCCUCCCCCCCCCUUUAUUCUUUAUGGGAAAACUCAGGAUCUUGGUAAUACUAAUUAUGAGUCGAUGUAGGGAUUGGCACAUGACUAAGAUUAUUUUUAAAUGUAUGAAGUUAUGCAGUCAUGUGAAUGAUACACCACACCCGCCAAUAGGGGAAGCCGCCAAUGUAAGCUAUUUAUGGUGGUUAUGGUGGAAUAAAUUUCAAGUAGAAACAAAAAAUAUACACAUUUUAUUUCUAACUUUAGAUUGCUCGUUUAAUUGAUAUUGCCUUACACGCCUUUCAAUUUUUAGGAGCAAUGUGAGUAUUUUUUUUUUCUUAUUCUAACAUAUUAGGAAUAGUGUGCUUAGGUACAAAAUGCAGUGGUCACAUUCUGUGACCAUUUAGUUAGUGGCUUGGCAAAUCUCUCCAUCAGUCAGGAUGUUUUGGUACGGUUUGCUAGGGGGCAUGGCUUCUUGUAGAAGUGUUAACCAGUCAUUCAUGUGCAGCUAAUUAUCACAUUGUGCCAGGAUGCCAACUAGUGAUUAAAAAGCUCUGCUGGUUAACGGCACACUCUGCAAACUGUAUCAAUGUAUGUUGUUUCCUUAGGUUUUUGUUUAAGGACAUGGACUCUCCUAUUGACUGUGCAGCUAGUAUUCUUGGAUUCAGUUCCAGUGUCUGGCUGUACCAUUUGUUGGUGCAAAUCUGUUUUCCUAAUGUAUGUGGAUGGCAAAAUCUCUAUUCCUAGGUUCAUUGCCAUACAAAACAAGUCAAUAUUAUUUCCACUUUUGCAUAACGAAAUGAUUCCUCUUUUAACACAAAAAAGCUGCAGUAUCCCUGUAAUGAAAUUUUAAACUGCAAUAUGAAAAUCUAAGAAAAUAUAAGUAAUAUUAAAAACACUAUAAGACACGAUUAGUUGAAACCGUAUUUAAAAAAAAAAAAAAAAAAAUCUCUCUGAAUUUUGCUAGUAAUGAUAAAUAUAGAAUAAUCCCGGCAGAGCGACUUGCCGGAAUGUCAGAUUCUGCAUAAAUCACUGGUUGUGCAAAAUCAUCAAAUCCACUCACCUAUAUAUUAUGAAUUCAAGUUAUAAUGUGUUAUCUUAAAGCAGAUCGGUCAUGGAUAUAUUUAUUUUUAGGUUCACAUGGUGUAAUAAAUGGUAGUUACAGUCCCUCACAUCUCCACUGUCCAUGAGUGAUGUGAUGUUGUAAACCUCUGUAUCCCUAUACUCCAUCGUUAACCUUUUUUUGGUGAAUAGCUUUAGGUUUUUUUUUUACAAAAUAUUUAAAUAUGUACUUUUAAAUGUACAAACUAUUUAUUAUGGAAUAUUCUUUGUAAGUGGGAAGCUAUUAAUUAGCACACAGGGGAAGUAGCCCAAUAAAUGCACUCUAUUUAUACUUGCUCCCUAAUUAGCAUAAUUCCCUAGCCUAUAAACACACACCUAGACCUAUUUAUACCUCGCUUUUGACAUCACUUCCUUGCCCUGUCAUGGUCUUUGUAGCCCGAGAGUGCAGUUUUGACUUUUCUGGUAUGUUUAACCCAUGUCUUUGUAUAUUUUUUUUCCAUUACUCUGGUAUCCUUGACCUUUGCCUUUGUUCUAUGGCUAUCCUUCCGUCUCCUCUCCUGACCUUGGCCUGUCUGACUAUUCUCUACCCUUUUCUAUACGUCUAUCUAUGUUAAGUCCGGCCACCCUAAGGCCUAGUAUAAGAGAGAAAAGACCACUGGAACUGGGUAAUCUGUCAUGCUUCUACUUUACUCAGUGUAGUAUUUCUAGAAGAGUAACCUGUCUAGUGUUCCUAGAUACGUGUGAGAUGACCUCCAUUUGUCAUCUAUUGGAUAUAGGUCCUAUGCUUCUAACAGUAAGCAAGGACCUUUACUUUCUUAUAAGGGUUAAACUAGAAGCACCACUGGGAUUAGGCACAUUGGCAAGGGGUACUGCACAUAUUUUAAAGUAAAAGAAAAGAGAUAAAGGCAACAGGUCUAAAUAAAACAAAAUUAUGCAGGGCAAAAGGUGGGUUCAGCUGUCACAGCGACUCAUCCAGGUAAUAGUAGGUCACCAUACAGCAAAAACUCAGUCCUCUGCCUUCUCCUGUGCAUGUCAGUCCUGUCAGAUUUUUGGAGAGUCUACAUGAUGAUCAACAGAACCAUGUCGGCUUUGGGCCCACCUCCAUCCCCGUCGAUCAAGGACCUUCCUCUCCACAUCCCAGACCUGAGUGCUCACAACAUUCAAAAGCUUCCAAAUAUAUCUGAUUUAAAAAUGUUUUAAUAUGUAUUUUAAAUUUGGUGUUCCUUUAAUGUAAUUGACAAUUAAAGCAGCAUAUAGCUAAAUAUUAAGAAUUUGUAUCCUACAGAAAACUUUCAUAGAAUCUCUUUAACAUUCUCUUCUUAAGCUAAAGCAAAACUUCUGGUAUGUGAAGAACUAUGUAACAUUCCUAAAUCUGUAUAUAAAGCAGACCUGUCCGUUAAGAGAGAUUUUUCAUAAAUCACACGAGUAUUGAACAACUGUCUGCAUGUUGUGUUAACAUUUUUUAAGGAUUUCAGUUCAGCUGUUUAGAAGAUAUUUUUAAAAACACAUUUGGAUAAGGCUGGCUAACUAUAUACGAUUGUUUUAACAAAUCUAGCCCCAUCGAGUUAAUCUUGUUUAUUUAAUUGGUCCUGUUGUUCGCAUCAUCUGACACCCUGCAUGAGAAUUUAAACAUGUUUAAAUUGUCUUCCCUGCUUUUCUGAAUACUGGCAUCACAUGUGUUAUCAGCACCCACAAAAUUAUGGGAGAUGUACUGCAUGUAUGGCAAACAGAGCUUUCUACAAUAUACACACAGUGACCUCAGUUACACAAACACUGCCUGUAAUCGCAAACAGAUCAGCUGCUCCUUUGAUCGCCAGCAGAUCAUUUAAUCUUCUGAUAUAAAUAUGUUCUGCAGUCAUUGGGCUUCUUUCCGGUGUCUUGGAUUGGAAUAAAUCAGAUAAUUAGUUUAUAAAUAAGAGUAUAGCAAAAAGAGAGCUAAAGAGGAUGAAGAUGCAGCAUCAAGACCAUCAAACUUCAUUUUGAAUUAUAUACAAAUAAAAGGGUUGGUGUAAGACAGUACUGUUUUAGGCAUGGCCAAUACAUCUGUCAUUGAUGUGCAGAUGUUUGAUUUCUCUUGCUGCUCAGCCAGACUUCAAGGAUUCUCACACAGAUAGGACACAGGAGAGUGCUUGGAGGCCACUUGUGCCCUAUGCUCUCCAUUGCAUUAGAAGGACGGAGAGCAAGUAAAUAAAUCCUUUGGGGUUUGAGAUAUGGUUAAUGUGUAGAAUUUACAUACAAUUAAUGUGACACUUUAAAGACAUCAUCAAUGCAUGUUUUUGUAGUGGAUAUAGUGCAGGGAAUAUUGUGUUGCAGUUCCUUUGGUCUGUGUCACUUUUUGUGUUUUGGAAGAAAUGUGAUGCCUCUGUCACAUAUAUAAUCUGUCCAUGGGGGGAUGGCAUAGAUAGGCUGGGAGGGCUGGGCUAAUUUAAGUUAUGAAGAACUAGGGGAACCAGAUUUUGCAUACUAGUAGAACAAUUUAUUUUGUCAAACGAAUCAAAGAUGGUUUAUUUGGGCUAUACAUUAAUAUCUCCUGAUGGAGAAGCAAUGAGGGAGUGAUACUAGAAUAGUUUGGAAGAGUAUCCAUGGCAGCCACACCAUCUUAAAACAACAGGACAUGGAGAGACAAAGUUGUAUUAAAAUAGCCAGGUGGAAACCAUAUAAACACUCCCUCAAAUGUUUCAAAUAUCCAAAUAUCUAUAGAAUAUAGAAUGCACACUAUAACAAUCUCAAAAAACUUAGCUUUAUUAUGUACAAAAAGUACCAAAGUGAAAACAUACAAGAAAAAUAAACACAAUGACAGAAGCAAGGGCAAAUACAAUAAAGUAAUGGUAAAAUAAUGGUAAUGGUAAAAUACCAAAAAGAUUCUUACAAGCCACAAGACAGAAACACGAGUCACCAAACCCCCCAACGUUUCGGCACCAACUGGCUGCCUUUAUCAAGGGUACCUGUAUCCAUGUUCACAUGUGCCUGCUUAUAAAACCCUCUUACAGCUGAUGGUCAUCAGCAUAAGGUUUCUACCAACUCCGGAAGUGACAUCAUCACUUCGAGUGCUGGCACAAUAUUUCAAUAAUAACAUAGUAAUAUCAUAUCAGAACCAAUUGUGUGCACUAAAGACAUUCACAGAGUAACGAAAGUCAUAUAACCUAAAAUAAUGAUAAAUAUUACUGCUCUGAUAACGAACCUCUAGUACAUAUACAGACCGUAAGUAUGCUCACACUAUAUCUGGCGUCUAUAAUCGCUAUUUUACUCACUGGCAAGCGAGCGCCUUUAGCAAUAGUCACCGCCGCGCGCAACACUAGCCCGCGCAUGCGUACUACAAGUGCCGCGCAUAGCGGCAAACCGCGCAGGCGCAGCGCUUCUACUACGCUAACGAAUACUGUAUCGUCAACCACUGAGGUACCCUAUCAUUCUAAGAGACCACCCACUCACAGAGGAUGGCAACUAGUAUCUAAAAUAGUACAAUAAAUCAUCAACAUUCUAACUAAUAGUGGAUACCAUCCACCAUGUUACAAAUUAUACUCCAUAAAUAUCAGUACCCCCCAUACAGAUAUACAGGAUAUGUAUUACAUAUGUACAUGCUAAAGAGGACUAAUAAAAUAAUAAAGAGAUAAAGAAUAAAUAAUCAUAGAUCCACCUUAUAAAUAGAAUGUGAUCAGUGAACCUAUACAUAAAAUCAUCUCCCACAAAUGUUACAAGACAAAACACAAAAGAAAACCAAAAAGUGAUGUGCAAAAAAAGAUUUUUAAUUCAACAAACACCCAAUGUGUAAUAGACUGAUCGCUACAGGUGCCAAAUAGGCAAUAAUAAUGCAAUACACAGUGGUUCUCCAUAUAGUACAUGUUAACUACUUAGCUAUGUAGUGUAAGUCAGUCCAAAAAGUAAUUAUUCAAUAUAUUUACAAGAAUAACUAUAUUGCCAUAAUUAUUUACACAAACAAAUAAAAAAAAAAUAUUCAUAUUAUGCACAGGACAAUAUAAUACAAUGUGACCCGCAUAUUAAGAGGCUAUUCAUCAUCAAUUUUAGAGAUAUAGCAACAUAUUUAAAGAAUUCAUCACAAGCAUAUAUAAUUUUGGAAACAUAGAAAUAUAUCAGUGUUAUUGAAGAAUCCAUUAUAAAUGUAUAUAAUAUAAAAAAAAAUCAUUUUUACAUCACCUUCAUCAACCUAUACACUGACUAUACACAUACUAACCGCAUAAACAUAGCAUAAGUAAACAUCGUACCACCCACAAAAAAACACUACUCCUGGCAAAAAGCUCUCGUAGUCAUGGGUACCAUCGUUCAAUACUGUCAGUAUACUAAAUAUAUAAAUAAUCAUAAGCCAUAAUUUAUAUAAACAAAAUUUGCUAUAGUAUGAGAUACAAACUAUAUAUGCACAUAAUGGGUCAUCAUAACAAAGACGUGAAUCAAUUCAACGUGUAUGAUGAUACAUUCUAAUCGAUUCAAUAUCUUCCGGCACACGAACGUCACAAGUACCAUGGUCCAAAUGGCCACUGUAGCUCCAAUCUAUAAAGGAAAUAAAAACAAAAUGUAAAGAUACAGACAAAACGUAGGCAGAGUAAAAUGUCAGGAUUAUAGAAAUGGUGAUAGGUCCUUAUCCUCAUUCAGACCCUUAGGAUACAAAGUCUGCAGCUCGUAAAUCCAGUAUACCUCACGUUGUUUAAGCCUAACCACUUGCAAAAUGCCACCCCUAUUGGAUUUAAUCACCUCCAAUAUCAUGUACCGCGGUUGGGAAACUGUAUGUCUUUUCUCAGCGAAGUGUCUGGCCACCAGAUAUUGCAUCUUAUUCGUCCGUAUGCCGCUCUUGUGUUCCCUGAUCCUUGUAGUGAGCGUACACAUGGUUUCACCCACAUACGUUAAUCCACAAGGGAAUUUGAGCAUGUACACCACAAACUGAGACUGGCAAUUACAAAAUUCCCAAAUCGGGUAUCUCCUACCCAUCCUCGGGUGUGUAAAAUGAUCACCCCAUUGCAGUUAAUACAAUGCCCACAGCGGUACAUACCCGGUAUCACAGAAAGCCAGGUAUCAGCUGUAUCCGUCUUCUCCUGUAGAUUGACAUUCUUCAUUAGAUGGUCCCUUAGGCUCUUGUGUCGCUUAAAUGAAAACAAAGGUCUCUCAUUAAAACAAGGGAGAAGUUUAGGAUCAGAUUGUAAAAUUUUCCAGUGCUUGUUAAUGAUGUGUUUAACCUCACCAAAGUGAGUCAAUUACGUCAUCACACAUGGGAUGCCUUUAUUGCCAUCCCUAGCUCUUUUCUGCAAGAGGGUAUUCCUAGAAAGCAGUUUCGCCCUAUCCCUAUAUCCAGUAACCACAUCAGUCUCAUAUCCUCUAGAUGAAAAUGCUUUCACCAGUUGUUCAGCCCUAGUGUCAUAUUUAGCUUCAUCAGACACUAUUCUGCAUGCCCUGACAAACUGACCAUAUGGCAAAUUCUUAAUAAAUGAUACUGGGUGAAAGGAAUCUGCAUGCAGGUACGAAACCCGAUCUGUAGGCUUUUGGUACAGAUCAAAUGAUAGACGACCUCCUCUUAUCUGUAGAUUAACAUCCAAGAAAUGCAUCUCAUGGAGAUCAUAUUCCAACGUAAAGGAGAUGAUGUCCAAACACCCAUCAAGUUUCUCUUUAAAAACCAUUAGAUCAUCCACGUUACCUGUCCAAAAAAAGAAAAUAUCGUCUAUAUACCUGAGCCACAACCUCACAUGACGCAUAAAAUCCUGGUCUUGGUAUACAAAAGUAUCCUCAAAAGCUGCCAUGAAUAGAUUGGCAUACGUCGGUGCUACAUUUGACCCCAUCGCUGUAUCCUGUAUUUGGAGGUAAUAUUUACCCUAAAAAAUAAAGUAGUUCUUAUACAGUACUAGUGACAGCAAAUCAACAAGUAAUCCCCUGUACGUCUCGCUCAUAUCCAUAUCCUGCAUGGCACCAAAUACCACCUCAAUACCUUCCUCAUGCGGUAUGGAGGUAUAUAGGCUGUUGACAUCCAUGGUACGCAUCAAGGAGCCAUCGGGUAUAUCCCCCAUCAUUUCAAGCUUGCGGAUAAAAUCCGUAGUAUCCUGCACAAAGGAGCGCAUCCCACUCACUAACGGCUGCAGCAUCGACUCACACCCAGAAACAAUGGGGCGCCCUGGUGGAUUCCACAGGUCCUUAUGGGUCUUAGGCAACAAAUAGAUGAAAGGGGUCUUAGGGUUAUCCACAUUGAGGAAAUUGAAAUCUCUCUUCUCAAUCAACCCAUCCUCUAAAGCCUUCCUAGUAAUUCCAUCUAUUAUAGCACAUAGCUCACCUGCUGGAUCACCAUCAAGGAUCCUGUAAUGAUGCAUGUUUGAUAAUUUUCGAUCCAUUUCUGCUUCGUAUUUUUGAGUAUCCAUAACCACCAGGGCACCUCCUUUGUCGGCUGGUCUGUUCGAUAGAAAGUUGUCCUCUUUCAGCUCACAAAGUGUCAGCAUUUCACUUCUAUUUAAAUUGUAUUUAUGCUUCCUUUUCCAUUGAAUCUUAUCUAUGUCCAUCUGGCAGGAUCUGACGAAAGUCUCGAUACUGGCAUUAGUCAGAGGAGGGAGAAAUCUACUCUUAGGUCUGCACUUUGCUCAGUCAUAUUUAGUAGACUCUGCUUUCUCCCUCUGCUGAUCUUGGUCCAUGUGGUAAUCCUGUAAAUGAAAAAAUCCCUUUAAGCGAACCGUCUGGAAAAAAUGCUCCAUCUCAAUAUCGGUAUAUAAUUUAUCCCCGGAGUAAGUAGGAACAAACCCAAACCCUCUUUCCAGUACACUUACUUGUGAUGACAUCAGCGUUUUGCUCAAGAUAUUGAUUACCAGCGUCUUGUCUGCUGUCUGGUCCUCCCUGGAUAUCUCUUCUUGUAUUCGGUUACUACAGACGCUGUUGCUUUCCUGUUUACUCUUGCGCCACACCAUCUUAACCACAUUUGUUUUACUAGUCAUUUAAAGUCACUUGUACCGGUUGAAAGUCAAUCUGGAUAGUGGGGGGGUGGGUGGGGUGACAUUUUCCCUAAAGGUAUGUCUCAAGCCUGGGGUUAUCCAAACCCUGAUAUAUUUCAACUGUGAUCGGCCCAAAUAAAACUGAAAUUGCUCUUUAAAGAAGCACUCCGAGCACCAUCCUCUCUGCCCAUUUUAUUCUCGUGAAUUCAUCUGCUUCAUUGAGGAAGCUUCGGACUAGGCACCAGUGAUGCAUUUUGCAUGUCAGCUGACAUUAUUAGCCCAUCACUAGUUUCCCCGCCAGGGAAUAAGUCAGGUGGAGACGAACGGGGAGUGAGCAGGCCCCCUCCGGGCACACCUACAAUGCAUAAGUGUGUAUCAACCUUCACUGGCCCAUCUAGGCUGAGAGCCCUAAGGGAUGUACUCCCUCAACAUCACCCAAAGAGACUGAAGCCCCAACCUUGCAGGUGGCGAAGUAACACCUGGAGCUGUGGCUACUACCUUCCUGGGAUGGACUUAGACUCUAUCGUGAGCUCCUGAGUCCGUGGAACCAAGAUGUGGGCCCUCCUCACGGCCUGGAGUGGGAGGGAGGUUAUUCUCUACACCUGUGUAUCAACGCUCCAUAGCUGUCUCUACAAGCUACCGAGUACUGACAUUGGCUGAAGAUGGACUCACCGGGCCGGACUUAUCCACUACGCCCUGCAGUCUGCUAUUUGGUUGAUACUGCCAUCUCGUAUCCCCGUACCAUUAUUUCUCGAUCUGUGCAUUGAUAUAGUUUGUGUUACAGCAUUUUUUUUUUUUUUAACCAACGUAGUGGACGGGAUAAUAUAAUUGGGGUUUACCUCAAGCUGAGCAUUAGUGUUCUGAUGAAGGGGAAAGCAGUGGUAAAUAUACCUUGUUUGUUUUAACUUGAAAAGUGAACCUAGCAUGUUAUUUACAAUCUAUUAAGGCAUGUUAUCGGUGUCGAUCCAGGACCUGUUGCCUAUAAGCACAGUAUAUGUUCACAAUGCAGCAAGGCUUCGUUACACAGAGUCUGUCAUGAGCUUUAGUUUUCUACCUACCUAUAUUUCAAUUUACACAUAGACAUACUUAUCUUGCUUAACUCCUUAAGGACUGCGGACGUACUAGGUAUGUCCGACAAAAAAAAAACAGUACUUAAGGACCGCGGAUGUACCUAGUACGUCCGCAGCAAAUAUAUUACCCGCCGUUCCCCCUCCGGCGAUCUGUGUUGCUUCCCGUCUGGGGGGACUGCUUGACAGCCAAGACAGUCCCCUCUUGGCAAAUUAGGCCCCCGUGGGCCACGUGAUCGCUCUGAAAGAGCAGUCACAUGGCCGCAAUAGGUGUCUGCAUCUGCUUUUUAGUAGCCACAGUCACAAACACUGGCCAAAUUUGCGUUCAUAAUUUGUUUUUGCAUUUUUCAUAUACAAAUAUAAAUGCUAACUUUGGCCAGUGUUUGUGGCUACUAAAAAAAGACUGGACAUACCCCAUAUUGAAUACUCUGGGUUGUCUAUUUAAAAAAAAAAAAAUACGUACAUGUGAGGUGUGAUUCAGAGAUUUAUGACCGAUAACAAUGUCACUAUUGAUACAUCUUUAAAAUAUAUUAUUUGAAACAGCAAUGACAUACUUGUACUUAUAGCCCUUUAACUUGCAAAAAAAGCUAAGAACAUGUUAACAUUGGGUAUUUCUAAACUCAGGGCAAAAUUUAGAAACUAUUUAGCACAGGCGUUUUUUGGUGGUUGUAGGUGGGUAACAGAUUAUGGGGGUCAAAGUUAGAAAAAGUGUGUUUAAAAAAAAUAAUUUUUUUUAUAUAUAUAUAUUUUUUAUAGUAAAUUAUAUGAUAUGAUGGAAAUAAUGGUAUCUUUAGAAAGACCAUUUAAUGGUGAGAAAAAUUGUAUAUAAUAUGUGUGGGUACAGUAAAUGGGUAAGAGGAAAAUCACUGCUAAACACAAACACAGCAGAAAUAUAAAAACAUCCCUGGUCCUUAACAGUAAAAACAAUUGAAAAACGGUCUGGUUAUGAAGUGGUUGAACAAUAUACUAUACAACUGUAUCUCCCCUCGUCUUGCAUUAUGGAUGGGACAAUAAGUCUAGUUUGAGUUACGUAAGAUGCCAUGUUACCUUAAUUAGUCUCACAUUGACAUGUCUGCACUUACACCAUACUUUCCUUAUCAUACACGUAUCCUGUGGCUGAAGAUUUGCUCUGACACCUAUAACUAACCUGGACAUUUUUAGCUACACUUAUGUCCUUUACUCAAAUGUAUUUCUGCGAAAAUGUCUUGUUUUACUCUCCUUAUAUACUUCUGAAAUGUGCGGUCUCCUCCACAGGCUGACCAACUGUUAUGUUAUCGAUGUUAUGUUUAUUCUUGUACUUGCACAUGCUGUUGGGUCAUUGCAGGCUCAGCUAUGUUAUUUUCAUGCACGACAAAAUAAAGAUAAAAAAAAAGGGGGGGGGGGGAAAUGUUUUAAGGGAGUUUAGGAAGUAUAAACAGAAAAGAAAAGGAAUAUUGAAAAUGUGCCAUAAAACAGCAGCUUGUGUAUAAAUAAGAGAAAAGUAACUGUUCAGGUAUUUCAGAAGCUUUUUAUUACAGUACAUAUUUAGAUGGCUGACUUUGAUAAAUGAUCCUAAUACUUGAUAACUGAUGAGCUGGAGGAAUUUAAAAACACAAGGAAGCUUUAUGAGGAGCUUUGCAGAUCCCUAUAAGUAAGAUCUGUGAUUUAAAACCUAGACUUAAAGAGACGCUACCUGUCAAAAGCCAUAAAUCAAGCAACUCCAAGCAAUUUUCCAUCAAGUUUGAGGUAAAAAAAAUAACUUCCUACUGAUGCUCUUCUGUAUGAACAGUCAUAUUACACUGCAUAUAUUUAUGUAUGUAUAUACUUAUGAAUCCGUAUACACGCGCGGUCACAAUGAUGUACAUUUACCGGGCUGUUUGCUUGCGUCUAAUGUUUGAGGAAGCAUGUAAAAUAGUAAUUUGAGGUAAAAUCCACAUCAGGCAAAUAUGUAAAAGGGACUCUUACAGUUUAUAAACCUCAUACAUACCAUCUGUGUAGUUUUUAAAUUGCUUCAAAAAAAGGUAUCAUAGUUUGCAGCAAAACUUGUUAGUCUUUUUCUAGAAAAAUUGGAAUCUUUGGGUUUUGCAAAGCAUAGGAUCUAAUUUAGCCUUGUAAUAUGUGUGGUUCUUAAAGGAACAUUCCAAGUACCUUAUCCACUGCAAUGUGCUGUAGUGGUUAUGGUGCCUCCCCCACCCUUCAUUGGCUGAGACAGGGAUCAACAAAUCCCAGGUUUCAGGCUGCCAUGGCGGCUAAUAAUUUUGUCCUGGCGUCUGGGGUUGAUCGGCCAGUUCCCUCUUUCUUCUGUCUAUCGCCGUGUAGCUCUCUGUGUGCCGGUGUCCUGGAAGGAACUAAAGGCAACUGUAAUUACUUCCUUCCAGAGAUAAGGCCGCGUAGGGGAAUGACACCAGGUAAAGACCGCUUUGCUCGCCAUCCAUCCCCAUUUCACAGAGCUGGCCUCCAGCUCGCCCCAUUCCACAGAGCCGGCUGCCCACCCGCCCAUUCCACUGUGCAUCCUCUGUGCUGGGAGGAAGUACUUACAGUUCCCUUCAAUUUCUCCCAGUGCACAGAGAGCUACACAGGGCUGGAGAGACAAGAGGAGGGGAAGUCUGGAACAGCGGCAGCCUAUUCCUAUCAGCCGCAGCCAGUCCUCUUAACCUGAUGCCACCUGCUGCUUCCCAGUCCCAUAGGGCACCCUGAACCCAAAAGGUAGGAAACAGGAGGGUGGCUAAAGCAAUGCAUUUUUUAUUCUUUCUGUUUCUGUGUGUGUAUAUCUGUCACAUUUGUAUAUCUGUGUGUAUCUUUGAAUCGUGUAUUUUUUUGAGUGUAUCAAAUAAUAAAUAAUACUUUGUGAGAGAAUGUGUGUGUGUGUUUUGUCCUGUCAGUCAGUGCGUGUAUAUAUGUGUGUGUUUCUGAUAGUGAAUGUGUAUGCUUUGGCUACCAGCCCCCUCCAAUCGCAUGAGAAUGGUGUUUCUUGUCACAGCUGGCUCACCUCCAUAGCAGAAAUGAUCAAUUAUCAAUCAUCAUCUCCUCCUAGAGGUGUAUUAAUUCAAUGCAUCUCUGUGGUGAAUCUUCAGCGCAUCCACGUAGAGCGCGGAAACACUGAAAAGGCAGAGUUUGCAUUGAAAAGCCUGCAGGGAAAAGCUAUAGACACCAGAACCACUGCACAUUAAGCUGUAGUAGUUGUGGUUACUAUAGUGUUCCUUUAAGAAUUUUAUUUUUCUCGUUGGAAAAAAAUCUGGCUCUUAAAUUGAUAGCAAAUUUGUCAAGCUCUGGGCUGAGAGCAUUCAUCUCACGCCUGCACUGCAAGGGUUAACUCAGAAGAGCUAAUAGAUGUUCUAGUGAUUUCAUGUUUAUCAGCUCUACUGGUGCUGGAGAUUAUCACCGAUAGAAAGCAUGCAGUUGGGAGAAAACCACACAUAUAUGCGAGAAGGGAGCUUUGCCCUUCUAUCUCCAGAAACCACUGUGUGAGGCCAUUGCCCAGCAUUUCUAUAGGUGACACUAGUGGUCUGGCUAGCUAACCUGCUGGAGUUCUAAGUAAAUACCCAUCUUAAAAUGAUGCAUCAUGUAUACACCCCUCCCCCAUUCUGCUCGCACCCUCCUCUUUAUUCUAUAUAUACUUUCCACUAUCAGGACUGUCUUGACCAAACGGAGUCACUCAGCAUCUGCGCAUAUUAGUAUAGUCUUGGUGCUUCCCAGGGCCGGACUGGCCCACCGGGUUCCCGGGAAAUUUCCCGGUAGGCCGCGGCACCUGGGGCUGGGCUGACAGCCCUAAUCAUCAUUAAUCAGGCUCCUGUAAUCCCGGCCGGCCAUGUGCGACCUGUGCAGCCGCACAGGGCUCCAUGGGAGCAGGGGGCGCCAGGUGGCCGACACAGCUCGCACAUGGCCGGCCGGGAUUAUAAAAAAACAAACAAACAAAAAACACGAAAAACAAUAUCGUGGUGGGGCGGAGGUUAGCGUGUGAUGGGGCGGGACUUACUAUGUGGCAGGGCGGGGCUAAAUGAGCCGGGUAACUGCAGCAUGGGAAGCAGGAAGGAGUCCCUGCUUCCCCAACAACCAGUCUUCAGGAGCUCCAAGGGAUGUGGCGGUAAGAAGCAGGUCAGUGUGUGUGUGUGUGUGGCUGUGUGUGACUGUCUGCCUCUGUGUGUGUGGAUGUCUUUGUGUGUGUGAAUCUGCUAGUGAGUGUGUGAGCUUCUGUGUGUGUGCAUCUGCUAGUGAGUGAGCUUGUGUGUGUGUGUGCGCCUGCUAGUGAGUUUGUGUGUGUGCCUGCUACUGAGUGAGCUUGUAUGUGUGUCAGUGAGCUAGGGAUCAUGUGUUUGUCAAUGAGCUUGUCUGUAGUGAAUUUGUAGGGAGCAUGUGUGUGUGUCAAUGGGCUUGUCUGUAGUGAGCGUGUGUGUGUGUGUGUGACAGUGAGCUUGUCUGUAGUAAGCUUGUGUGUGUAUCAGAGUUUGUCCAUACUAAAUUUGUGUGUGUACCAGUAACCUUGUCUGUGUGUGUCAUUGAGAUUGUCUGUCAAUGAGCUUAUUUGUGUGCAUCAGUAAGAUUGUCUGUCUGUGUCUGCAUGUGAGUAUGCUUUACUGUAUAAUUUAAUUACUCUGAAAGGACUAAUAUUUUGAAUUAGAAAAAUAAAUAUACCAAUUAUAUAUAUAUCUAUAUUAUGUGUAUAUAUAUAUAGAUAUAUAACACACACUACAUAGCACAAUGACUUAUGGGGCUGGCAUGGAUUUUUUUUUUUUCCAGGGCUGGUUCCUAUCCCUAGUCCGGCCCUGGUGCUCCCCCAGUCUAUGUAUACAGUAUAUAAUAGCCUACAACCUACCCAUUAUGCCAAGAUGACUUUCCCUUGUUCUCCAAAUGUUUGUGAAUUACAGUAAAUUUUUCGUGAUAUUCAACCCGUCUUUAGACAAAUUGAGUGUUGUUAAAAUUAUUGUUCAAACGUGCAGUGCAAAGCUGAAAUAUGUAGCUUCUACCUUAGCACUCCAGCGAGUGCUACUUACGGGCCAUAGAAAAGUAAAGCAGGAAACCAGGACUUUACAUCUCUACCUCCCAUCCCAUUUUUACCUUGUUCUAAAUAAAUGCCCACCACGCUGACAUUACCCUGAUCGUAAAAUGCUGCAAGGUGCCCACAGUGGUACCAGCGAAGCAGUUGAAUUUCGCUAUGGAAGGCACUCAAGUUAUAUAACCAGAAAGUCAUUCACUCUGGGGAUGUUAAGUGCUGUUAAUUGCUCAUUUCCACCAGUGAUGACAAGGUUAAUGUAGAUAUCCUGCUCAAUAAGCUGCCAUGUGAGCGCAUUAAUUAGGCUAAAGUGACUUCAGCUGCACAAUGGCGAGCAGCAUGCCGCAGAACUCUGGUUUUAAUUGAGCUGCAAAGCUCGCCUGAUCGAAUGCCGGGUUCUGUUUUUUCCUGAUUUGUAAUCUUUGGCAGACCAUGAAUUAGAGGGCGUGGAAAGAAGAAGACCUAUCCAAAACUGGCUUGGAUGAGAAACUUUUUAACACUUCCUUAGCUGAAACCUAUAGUUAUGCAUUGACUUGAAGUCUAACUUUUAGCAACUUGCAUAAGAACAUACAAUUAUUUAAGUUUGCACAAUGAUGUGUAGGAUUUUAAAAUGGGUAUAACCCCUUCAGUGUCUUCAAUUUUUUUUUGCAAACUAUUGAUGUGUGUAUGCAGAACCAUUAACAAUAGAUAUAAUGUUCCUUUGGUGCCGUUCCCAAACUCACCCACUCAACCUCUUUUCCUAGCCAGCAAUCAUUGUUGAUGUAAUCCUCAUUGCAAUAUGUUGCCAUUUUAUACAUCAGCAGCUAUAAAAUGUAAAGAGAAAAAGGACUCCUUAUUCUGGAUAUAUUUUAAUAUUCUAUGGAUUCUGAAUGUAUUGGAAGACAAGCACAGUAAGCUGUUAUCUCCUCAUUAUGGGGGCUGUUUUGGAAUGAAUACAUACUCGAAAUACAGAUAUUUCUGGUCUCAAUGUCACACAUUCUCUAUCAUGAGAAUUAUGUCAUUCUGUCCUUCAUUAAAGGACCACUAUAGUGCCAGGAAAACAUACUCGUUUUCCUGGCACUAUAGUGCCCUGAGGGUGCCCCCACCCUCAGGGAUCCCCUCCCGCCCGGCUCUGGAAAGGGUUAAAAACUUACCUUUUUCCAGCGCUGGGCGGGGAGCUCUCUGCCUCCUCUCCUCCUCCGAUCCUCCUCCUGGGCUGAAUGCGCACGCGCGGCAAGAGCUGCGCGCGCAUUCAGCCCGUCGCAUAGGAAAGCAUUUACAAUGCUUUCCUAUGGACGCUUGUGUGUUCUCACUGUGAAAAUCACAGUGAGAAGCACGCAAUCGCCUCUAGUGGCUGUCAAUGAGACAGCCACUAGAGGAAAUAGGGGAAGGCUUAACCCAUUCAUAAACAUAGCAGUUUCUCUGAAACUAUGUUUAUAAAAAAAAUGGGUUAACCCUAGAAGGACCUGGCACCCAGACCACCUCAUUAAGCUGAAGUGGUCUGGGUGCCUAGAGUGGUCCUUUAAGCUUUUUGGUUCCUUAAAUUUACUAUCAGAAACUGUCAACAUUGUGUAUGGAUUUGUCUUUUCUUUUCAAACAGUGGAGUCGUUUUUAUAUCUAGAUAGGAAAACCAUUGAUUAAACACUAUUUUUUCCUAAUGCUGCAUUGUUACUCACUGCUGUCCCAACCUCACCUUUCUGUUUGUCACAAUUCUUCUACUUGAUUUUGCCCGAAUGCAAUGUUUUUUUUUUUUAAAGUUAAUAGAGAAUAUUCUAACACUGCACACAUGCAAAACUGCACGUAUUGCCAAUUGUGCUCACUUGUGUCAAUUCAGAAAAAUACCUAUACCAUUUGCACAUCUGAUUGACUACAUUUAUAAGGACCGCAAAGAUCUGACAUGCUGGCAAAGUCCCUCUGCUUGAGGGGUACCACAACUCCAGCCUUCUUUGAGUCUCAUUGGUGAGGUGUCUGAUAAACAUGUAGGGACAUUGAGCACAGAGUCUACAUCUGGAUUUUCCUUUUACAUUGGGGAGACCGUCAGCUAAUGCCCAUUCUCAGUGUUCCUUGUUUUUUUUGCAGUAGUCUCAUUGGUUUAGUUUUGCUUAUAAUCUCCCUUGUUGUCCUGCGCUAUCUUGCUGACAUUUCAGUACUAGACAACCCUCACAAAUGGGAGUCUGAUAUGUCACAUGAUAUACUUUGUCUUUGUUAGAGCACCUGUGUGCAAAAAACGCUUUUGAGACCUUAAUGAUGGACUAAGCUUUAAAGUUGUUCCUGUCCCCAUGUCUUCUGUUUGUUGUUUUUUUUUUACAUGGUGCUUGAUCAGUGAAGAAAAUUGUUUUUAAGUUGAAAAUUGCCAUGUGUCUACUAAAGAAUAUAUGACUAAAAAAAAUCAAAAAAAUCUGGUUAAUUUGAAUACAUAUAUCCGCUAUUUCAUCACAAAUCAUGGGAAUUGAAAUGUGUUAAUAAAACAACUUAAAUUUAACACAUGGACCUUCUCCUUUCAUAGGCUCUAAUGGUUAAUGAAAAAUGAUGUUGGAGUGACAAGCCCACUUUUAAAGAUAUAUCAUAACUGCUCAAGACAUGUAGCAUCUGCUCCAAAAAUGUGUGGUGUUUUAAAACUGUUUAUUUUAAUUGAUAUUGUUAUUUAGUCUGUAGACAUAUAUAGAGAACAUAAUCUUUCCAAAAUCAUGGCAUUUUCCAUAUGGGUUAAAAUCGACUUUACUUUAAAAUAUGACGUGUCUGGUGGACAUAGUGCCCUCUAGUGACCUAAAAGAAAACCGCAGAAUAACACAUCUUGCUCCUCGUAAGAUCUUUUUUUUAAUUUAGUUUUUUCCCUUAACUAUACUGGAGUGUAGAUUUGUACUUAAGCUGAAUGGUUUGUCUCCACACUCCACACACAUUUAAAGUCCCGUAAAGUAUUUGGAGACAAAUUGGAGACUUUCUGAAUUGGAACGAAUUAGCUAAGUAACUUUUAGAUGCAGGAGAUUUAGAUAACAUGACAUUUAAAGCAGCCUGUUUUUUUAAAAAUAACUGAAAACAAUCAUAUAAAAAAAUUGGGUUAAUUCAGCCUCCAAUUAAACAGAGGUGACCAAUUGGAUCCACCACCAAUAUUAUGGGUGACCAUUACAAGAUCACCUAAAAGCACCCUACUUAUCCAAUGGGAUGUUAUUACUGACAAUAAUUUGAGGAAAUAGCAGAUAUUACAAUCACCACCUCUGGGUUAAUAUUAAGUUCAGUUCCUUUUAAUAAUUUGCCCUUUUCUACACUCCAACAUCCCUCCUUCCCUCACUUACCAUGUCUUAUUAUUUUGCCAAUCUACAGUGAACUGUAAACCGCCGAAUUGCUCUUAAUUUGUGUGACCUGGGAUCUGCCGCAACCUCCUGUUUGGCAGUCCAGUGCUGUUGGUAAUUAAGAGUAGCGGGAAGCAAAGAGUGUUUUGCUGCAUCCUAUUUGAAAACCAUAGUUUAAAAGCUAUUAGUGUGUGACAAGAUAGAAAUAACCAGUAGAUAAUGAAAAUAAUUCUUACUACUAGUAGCAAUAUUCCCAUUUCUUAAACGAACAAUCCACUACCCGCGUGCACAAGAAAUAGAAAUUACUGUGUUUAGUACAUAUGCUUCCAAUGUCGGCAUGCAUGCAAUUAAUUAUGCAUUUGGAGUUAAAUUGAAAUACAGCUUGCAGAAGCUGCAGUUUUCUUGUCUGCAGCCUUUGCAAGCCCUCCCCUUCUAACCCCACCCAGACUUUCUGUGGCUGUCCAAUCACAGACUUCCCAAUGCAGCUCAAUGAGAAGUCUUUGCAAGACAGGUGUUCUGGGCAAUUGCUGCCUCUUGAGUUUAGCUCCACUGAACUAACCAAACCAGGAAGUUACAGAACCGGUUGUCCGAUUGACAACUUGGGUGUGUUACAAGUUUAAUUUAUAAAAGUGCCAAUUUCUAAAGACAUCUGUACUUUUUGUAAAUGUAAUAAGAAGGCACACUUCACACAUAAAGCACUUCAGCAAGCUAAACUGCCUCAUGGGUCUGGAGUGACCAUUUAAGACCAUUUUGUUGUGCCAGUUAAUGCUAUUCUCACAGCCAUGUUAUGACUACUGAUUCUUCAAAGCUCCAGUUAACCUAUCAAAUAUUCAGGCACUUAUGACCGGCUUACAAUGCCUUUCAACCUUACCCAUCUAGCAUAUAUUUAUUAUAUAUACAGUGCUAUGUAUAGAGUUGCCACAUUAAGAGGUCACAUUUUCAGGCCAGCUGGUCUAUAGAGUUGCCACAUUUAGAGGUCAUAUUCUGAGGCCAGCUGGUCUACAAGAGAUUGCUGAAUUUCAGAAAUGUGCAUGCCUUGGGCCCAUGGCUGUCUAGGGACACUGUUUAUGUAAAAAUCCUGUUACUCAAAUGUCAUACUAUUCCAUGUCAGAGGAGAUUUCUGCAGAUUGCAAAUCAAUCAGUGUAUCUCUGGCAGCAGAAUGGUGAAGACAGACUGUUCAGCCCUGGCGUCUGCAUCCGAUUAACACCUCUGUGAAUCAAUACCUCUUGCAUUAAUGGCAGGACUGGUUUUAAAGGGAAUUAUUCAUUCAGAACCAUACUGAGAAAAAAAACAAAAAAAACAGGGGUUUAAUAAAAAAAAAAAACCACACAAAACAAAUUGUCAAAUUCUUCCAUUCUUUAGCUUAAAUAAAUUAGCCAGAAGGUUUGAAUUGCUGUGACUGUUAACCACUGUCAAACAAGCUGCAUUGAUAUAGACUGAAAAAUCCCCUUUUUAUUUUAUUUUUCUAAUGGAAGACUUUGUUCUGGCACAGUGUGUGUUAAGGUGUGCAGCAUACUGAUAUACAUAGCAUUAACGCCAGUGUGUGCUGUUUACUAUGCUGCUCCUGCCAGUGAUUUACUGCGCUAUAAGAAAUUCUGACAGACUGCAAUGUAAUGAUUGUACUCGAGAUUCCUGGAAGUCCCUGUCAGGGGCUCAUUUAAGCAAUUUUCCCUGAUCUUUCUAGGGAAUUCAGAGCAUUAUUCAGUGAUAUUUAGUGACAGUGUGUAUUAUAUACAGAUCUUGUUUUCAGUCCUUUGAAUGUCAUCUUGGAGUUCUAAAGAUAUUCAUUCUCAUUUAUAAUGUCUAUAAUGUAGAAACUCUCGUUGCCCUUCUUUUCUCAUAAUACAUAAUGCAGCCUUGGUGUGUUUAUAUAGACAGUUAUAAGUACAUACAUGUGAUAGGAUUUAUUCACCUGAUGGUUAUUUGAAAACAGGACUAAACACAGUAAUUUCAUCCCCUAUUAGCCAACCUUCAGAUGUAUGAUUCCUUAAAACACGGCAUAAAAAAUUAAGCAAUGUGGUGUAUUCAAAUAAAGGUAAUACUGAUAAAACCGAAACUUGGGCCACUAAGUAUCAAACAAUGCCAGCAAUUGAAUGGUUGAACAAUAGUAACAAUCAUACCAACUAUAAAACAUAGUAUUGAAAGCACUAAAUCUUACAAAGCUCCGCAUUCAAAACCAAUAAACCGCUCUUGGCAGAAAAUUAACCAGUAGGGCCAGUUCUGCAAACGUCAUGGGACAAGUAUUUGCCGUAAGUGAGGUAAGUGUAGGCAAGAAAUGAUCAAAAUUCCGGUGUGGCCAGCAGUGUGCUGAGCCUCUACAGUCUCUGUAGCCAAAGCAGACAAAGUGAAUAGUAUCACGAACACUAAUGUAAAAGAGUUAUAGGCUGUAUAACUGAAGCUGCAAAAAUGGAUAGUCUCUGGUAAUCCAAUAGCUGUAAUUAAAGUUUGAACUGGGUUAUCUAGUACGGUAGGCCAUCUCCUGCUGUGAUCUAUAAUUUUACACUAAGACUAAAUAUAUAAAUAAUGGAAUUUUAUCCAAGAGCAUAAUUAGUGCUUUGAUCCUGAUCUGCAGUGGCUAUCCUUUCGCUAUAGUUUAUUCCAUGUCUUUCUUUUCACUCCUGUUCUCCACAUUGAGAAUUCAUUUAUUUUGCAUUGCAGGAAUGUGACUGUCAUGUCGAUUAAGAUUGAUGCAUUAACUAAACAGAUGAUUAUUAUUAUUUAUAUAGCGCCAGCAAAUUCCAUAGCGCUGUACAAUGGUAAUAGGGGUAUUAUCCUACAAAAAAGUAGUUCUUGUACUUAUCUAGGGUGACAUUGAUUUGUUCCCCGGUAGAAGUUCAUACUUGGUGUUUCUUUAGAGAAACCAGACAAGGAUGGGAAGUACAUCCCUGUAACAGUUAAUCCCAUUUUAUAACACUCAUAUCUAAUGGUAUUGUUUAAGUGCCAUAAUACAAAUGUAAAACAAUGCAACAUAUUUAUGACAAGUGUUUGUCCAAGAAAACAUCACCCCAAUGUGUCUGUGUGGUUGGAUGCUGCAUGAUAUAAAAGGUGGAACUGUUUAUAAACGAUUUAUAAAGCACAACUAACUUAAUAAAUCUGCUGAUUUUGUGGUGCAGUUCAGGAGAAAUAUAAAAAAAAAUGGGUUUGUGUGUAAACGUUAGAAUAGUUUUCAAGGCCUUUGGGGAAGAUCAUCGACCUUCUUGAUAGGAUCACAUUUGGACCAGUCUACCGAAACUAAGAGCCCAUAUUAUUUCCAGAAACAUUUUCUUGGAGUAAUUCAGCAUUCUGAGAGGAUGCUCAAAGGAACAUCUUUUACAUGGAAGAAAAAGCUCUAAAAAAAGUCAACCCAUGAGUAAAAACAUCUGUGCUGUUUAUAUAUUUGUUUCAUAUUUUUGACAGACUUUUAUAUUAUAUUAGACAUUUUUAGGUUUAAAAUAGUUUCAUAACUUUUUUGUGACCUGUCAGUAAUUUUGCCAGAUUUUUGAGGGGUCAAUAUGACCAGCCAAACCCCCUGAAUCAUCAUAGCACGUUUUGGUGGUUAUUUUGUAAAAGAUGCCCAAUGCAGGUUGAUAGUUUUUUAACCAACAACAUGUGAUACAAUAUCUGGAGGUGGGUGAAAUCAGUGUUCCAAAAUUCCCAGAUUUUACUAUUAACAUGACGUAAAGUCAUGAUUUUAUUAAUGACACGGAGGCGAGUAUUAUGCUAUCUCUUUCUUACUUUAUUCCUCAGCAGCAAAGAGAAAUAUAAAACUGAAAGAGAAAAAAUGUAGAUAUGCAAUAAUAAUAAUAACAGGUACAACCAGAUCUGCCUAGUAACAGGGCAGCCAAUCAGUCUCUAGGAACAGUCCAUAAAUCUCUAUCCUUGUACUUCCACUUCCUCUUCUUUGCCUUCUGAACCGAAGACCCAAAGCAAAAUAUCCAAGCAGUAACCAAGAAACGUCAAACCGGUAGACAUCAACAGACCAGGAUCAAGCUGUAAAACAAAGAAAUAUGUGGUAAACUCCAAACUUAGGAACUGAGUGCAACAUAUCGAAUAUACGUGACCUGCAAAUAGAGAGCAUCAUACUCAAAUUCAUGUACAUAUGUCACACUCUAAAACACCAUAUGUUCGAUACGAGUAACUCAUGUGUACUUACCGUGAGAUAAGACGAACCCCCCGAUUGAACCCUAAGCGAAAAACCAGACCCAGACCCACGGGAGGGUGGGUGGGAAUAAUACUCGCCUCCGUGUCAUUAAUAAAAUCAUGACUUUACGUCAUGUUAAUAGUAAAAUCUGGGAAUUUUAUUAAUGACACGGAGGCUCCUAUUAUGCUAGUUUAAAGCUGAGCCACAACCAAUGAAGAAACAUGUUCAAUCGGGCGGAAAUAAAAAUCACGGAACGUAGAUUCCUUAGACCAAUCUGCCGCUUUCAAGAUAUCGUCCAGGCGACAUCCUAUCGUAGAAGCCUUUGAUGCCAUGGCACCCCUAACUGAAUGAGCCGAAAAAAUCGAAGUAUCGAUACCCGCAGCCGAGAGGAGGUCUUUAACCCAGCGGGCAAGCGUCGGCGACGAGACCGGUAGAAACGGUGCUUUCAAGGAGAUAAAGAGUGGAGGCAAGUCAGUUGACCUCAGCAGCCGGGUACGAUCCAAAUAAACCUGGAGACAAGCCACAGGACACAAAGCAGGUCUGAUGGAGCAUCUAGGGUAGUCCACCGACUUGGAAGCCGACUUAGUCCUCCUCGAGAUAUUAAACGACACACCUCCGGGGUGAACGAGACCGCGUUCCAGUCCAGAGCCCUGACGUCCGACACCCUCUUACACGAAAGUAGACACAGAAGCAUGACCAGUUUCAAUGAUAACUGUUUGAGUGUCAAGUCCUCAUUACAGGGCCAGGAGUCCAAGAAUCCAAGGACGACGUUAACGUCCCAAAACGAUGAGUAUCUAGAUCUUGGCGGUCUAGCAAAACGGAUACCUUUCAACAAGCGGCACACGAUAGGAUGUUGUCCAAUCGGAGAUCCGUCUAUCCCUUGAUGUCCGGCCGAAAUGGCUGAUCUAUAGACAUUAAGGGUACGAUAAGCCAAACCAGAAUCGAAACGUUCCGUCAGGAAACCAAGCAGCGCAUUUAGAGGGGCAGAAAGUGGAUCCAGCAAUCUACCCAAGCACCAGCCAGACCACACGCGCCAAGCGGUCCUGUAAGCCGCUCUGGUACCUGGUGCCCAGGCAUUCUCCAAUAGUCGAGCAGUUGUCUGCGAAACGUCCGUGACACACCAGGGUCUCCCGAGAUUAGCCAAGCCGUGAGUUGAAGUAAGUUCUGAUCCACCAAUUCGUGCAAUUUCCCAUCCGGAUCCAGAAGCACAUCCGGCCUCAUUUCGAUUAUCCGUGGGAAAUCUAUGGCCAUCUCCAGAAGGCGGGGAAACCACGGUUGAGAGUGCCAGAGUGGAGCUACCAUCACUAUCGUGCAAUUCUGUCCGGCCGAGUACGCCAGUGUCCGGGAUAUCAGGUUGAACGGUGGGAACGCAUAAUGGCGUCCCGGCGGCCACGUCUGCAAGAACGCGUCCACUGCCGUGGCCGCUGGGUCCGGUCUCCAACUGAAGUACUGGGGUAGUUGGGUGUUCAAUCUGGACGCGAACAAAUCCAGGUGAAGUGGACCCCACAACCGUUCUAUCCUUUGAAAUGUUGAGGACAGCAAGUGCCAGUCUCCUGAAUCCUUCAGGUAGCGCGAGUUCCAAUCCGCCCACUCGUUGUCCAGACCCGGAAUGUGCUCGGCCGUAACCGAUACGGCAUUGUGUAGGCAAUACUGCCAGAAAUCCUUUGCCAAGUUCGCCAACUGCUUAGAUUUUGUCCCCCCGAGAUGGUUUAUGUACCUGACAGCGGACACAUUGUCCAUACGUAGGAGGACGCAGCAAUUUCCCUGCGUCGGAGAUAGACUUCGAAUGGCAAACGAACCCGCCAGAAGUUCCAGGCAGUUUAUGUGCAGAGCCGAUUCGAUCUCUGACCAUCUUCCACCGGUGGAGACACCGCCACAGCGAGCGCCCCAGCCAUGCAGGCUUGCGUCCGACUCUAUUAUCACAUCCGGCGCGGAGCCGAAGAUCGCCCGGCCGUUCCAGGCCUCCAUGUGGUCCAGCCACCACCUUAGUUCGUCUCUGGAGUCCCUGUCCAGGGUCAACACGCUCUCGUACGAGCCCCCUGAGCGAAGAUGGGACCCUUUCAAACGUUGGAGUGCUCGAUAAUGCAGUGGGCCCGGAAAAAUUGCCUGAAUCGAUGAGGCCAACAGGCCGAUCACCCUCGCCAAUUGCCGGACGGAGAGAGAGGUGGCUCGCAGCGCCCGUCGUAUCUCCUUUUUCAUCGAUCGGAGUUUUGCCUCCGGGAGGAACAGAAACUGGGUGACUGAAUCGACCUCGAAGCCCAGGAACUCUAUCCUUUGUACCGGGGUCACAAUGGAUUUUUCCCAGUUGACGAGGAAACCUAGUCUCUCCAGGAGACUCACCGUCCAUCUCAGGUGCCUGAGAAGUUGCUCGGGGAUGAAGACAUAAUCAGUAUGUCGUCCAGGUAGAUAAUCAUGCGGACCCCUCGUGCCCUGAGGAAGGCCACCACGGGCUUCAUUACUUUCGUGAAGCACCACGGAGCUGAAGAUAGACCGAACGGCAGACAUGUAAAACGCCAUCGACGACCUUGCCACGUAAAAUGCAAUAAGUCCCAAUGCUCCUCCGCCAUGGGUAUAGUCAAGUAGGCAUCUUUGAGGUCUAGUUUGACCAUCCAGUCUCCCUGACGGAGCAGGUCCCUGAGACAAUGAGCGCCCUCCAUCUUGAAGUGAUGGUAACGUAGGAAAGAAUUGAGGUGUUUGAGGUUUAUCACUGGACGUACGCCUCCGCCUUUCUUGGCGACAAGAAACAGGUUGCUUAGAAAUCCCGGGUGUCCGUAGAGGAUUUCUUGAAUAGCCCGUUUGGCAGACAGUUCCGCGAUCUCUGCGGUAAUUAAUCCGGCCUGCUCUGCCGGUAGUUUCAGCUCCUGUGGGAGAAACGUCUGGACAGGGGGAGACAAUAAAUCUAGGCGGAAACCUCUGACCGCACUGAGAACCCAAACAUCCGUGGUGAUCAUACCCCACACAUCGAGAAACAGUGCCAAUCUGCCCCCCACACUCAUUCUGCAAGAUACACGUGUUGGUGUACUCACCGUAAGGGCGUCUGUAUGAGGGUUGUCCACGACCUCCCCGACUCUGCCAUGGUCUCCCCCGUGAGGGAAAAAAGGGCGUUGGCUUAUAGUCUUGGUAGGUCCGGGGGGCGGAAAAGGAACCUCUGUGAGUCCUCGGGGGACCUCGAGCUCCACGGCCGGGCGGACGGCUCCUAUACCUCCCGGCCCCAUGGGAAACCUUAGGGCCGAACACCCUCUUCAGGUUGGACUGCGCCUUAUCGAGCGCGGUAAAGGUACGGACAAAGGAGCCUAAGUCCUUAACAAAACAUUCUCCGAAGAGCAUACCCUUGGCCGAAGCACCAGGCUCCUUCACUGCCAGGUUAACUAACUUGGGCUCAAUUUUGAGCAGAAUCGCCUUGCGGCGUUCAGCCGACAUGGCUUUGUUCGCGUUGCCGAGAAGGCAAAUCAACCUCUGGACCCACCCAAUCGCUUCAUCAAAAUCAAUAGGCUUCGUUCCAGCCUUAGCCGCUUCCAGAAGCUCGUAAAGCUUGGCGGCGGGGCCCAGGGUAUCCAAGAUCUUGUCUUGGCAAUUAUGCAGUGAAAAUUCCAGUCCUUUUCGGGGCUUCCAACCCGUUUUAGUUAAGAACUGAGAAAUCUGGGGGUCAACCUCUGGCGUCUUGCACGCCGAAUCAGGCACCGAAGGCCUUGGGCACUCGGCCCUCAGUUUACUGCGCCCCUCCUUGGAGAGGGGGGUACGCAUACGAAGCGCCAGAUAGUUGGCAAUAUGCGCGGGCGGGUCCCAUUCCGCCGAGCGGGGAUGGCGAAGGUCAUCGGGAUCGAACAGGGGGUAACCCUGAGGAUCACAGAUGUCCUGCCCCUCACCCGGCGGAAGCGCCGAAGCGUCAAACUCCGCCUCAUCGCCGGAAACCCCUUCCUCAUAGGAGGCGUAAUCAGGGGGAUCCGAGUCUGACUCUCCAGUUUGAUCGGUAUCCGAUCCAUCAUCAUCUCGGGCACGUGCCCGUUUCCAUUUUCUGGCCGAUUUUGCCCGGCCAGCGGCUCUCUUGCGCGGAAACGCGCCAUCUGGGACGGCCAUAGGCACGUCAGUCAAGGCAGGUGUCACCUGCGUCAUCUCUGGAGAGACAUGUUUAAAUUUUGUUUGUGCCUUGCGACCCGUAUGAGGCUGCAGCGCAGGCAGGGGAGCAGGCAACACGGCAGGGCCCAAAGGUUGCGACAGCGCUUGCUGAAUAGUGUGAGAGAGGGACGAGGACACUGUCCCCAUGGCUGAAGCCAGGGCCUUCUGCAUGGUGGAAUCAAAAAGGGCCUGGAACUCCUGUGAGGGAGUAAGGCCCAUACCCCCUGUAAUAGGGGUCUGAGAGGAGUCCAUAAUGGGGUAACUGGGACUACCAGAACCCUCACUCCUAGCCUGCAUAAUUAACAGAGUCAAAUAGAAACUGCAAGUACUGCCCCUUUAAAUAUCUGAGACAAGGAGCAGAGCAAAUCUGUAAAACCUAAAUAAACUAAAACAGGUGACAGAAAAAUAAACCUACACAGUAUAAAGGGUUGAGUAACCCACCAGGAACAAACAAACUAUAUAUAAAUACUUGCACACAGUAAUGGGAGGUAAAAGGGAGCCGACCCAGCCGCGUGGAAACCGAGGGUAAGAUGGCCGCCGCGCGCAGAACGCGCCGCGGCCGUUUCCAGGCUCCUCCCCUGCUAAUGGGCGGGGAGCGCGACCACACACGCGGCCGGCACUCCUCGCACCAGCGGGAGAUCGGGUUGGCAGAUAAGCGCAGCCGCACACGCGGCCGCGAGGGAAAGGGGACCGGGGAGCAGAGGGCUCCAGAAUGAACCUCCCCUGCUAGCCGCGAACCCUGUCUGAAAGGGGGACGGCCAGACAGACAGGGGAAGCGGCGGGCAAACGCAGGGGAGGCAAACAAUAUGUACCACCAAAAAAGGUAUACCAAUCAAAAGAACAUCAACAUAAAGCCUGUCAAUAAGGCAAAUAAAAGACAAUAAGCAAACAGAAAACGAUAACAUAAAAUAACACAGGCAAAAAACCUUAGUAAAACCCAUCAAUCAAAACCAAGUAGGAGAGAAAAAUUAUACUUAGCUGGUCUGAGGACAGCAGCAAAGAAAGAGGAAGUGGAAGUACAAGGAUAGAGAUUUAUGGACUGUUCCUAGAGACUGAUUGGCUGCCCUGUUACUAGGCAGAUCUGGUUGUACCUGUUAUUAUUUUAUUGCAUAUCUACAUUUUUUCUCUUUCAGUUUUAUAUUUCUCUUUGCUGCUGAGGAAUAAAGUAAGAAAGAGAUAGCAUAAUAGGAGCCUCCGUGUCAUUAAUAAAAUCAGUUUUAAUCUUCUCAAGGGAAUUAUGUGUGGCUUAUGAAAUCCCACUAACUUUACAGAUGGAGUACUGCGCCUGUAGGGAUAUGUAAUGUGAAAUGUUUAAUGCCAAAGUCAUUAAAAUAAAAUGUCAUUACACUUGUGUCUCAGGACCACAAGUGUGUUUUAUUGUCGUUUGUGUAAAUCUAUAUUUCGUUUACAGCAAAUGUAUUUCUAACAUGUAUUUAGACCAAAAUCUCUAUUUUCAAUCCAUUUACGAUCCUAACAGCAACCUGUGGAUAAUUUUUCAUGUUCGUUUUCUGUUAAAAUUAACAUUAUUUUCAUUCUUCAUUGUUAUGCAUAUUCUGCUCAGUCACCCCUGAAGCUUCGAGUAUAUUGCCCUUUUCCUUAAGACUUCAUCCUCUAUAAUGUACACCCAGGGCCAGAUUAAAAGCCCAGUGGACCUGGUGCUGACAAUUAUGACGGGCCUAAUUACAGAAUCAUAUCGACCAAAAACAGUAAAACACUCCCAAGCGUCAUGUAUCUGAUGGAGAUGGUGCUGGAGAGAAAGAAACCAGCAGCUAUAAGAAAACACAUAUCGUAGGCUAAUCUCUCACUAAUUUAUGUUUUCAUCUUUCAAGUAAAUCCAUAACCCCUAACAGCAGUGUCCAGUCAAGCAGGAAGUGAAUGGGCACGGUAAAAGGGUGUGCCACUGACACAAAUCACGUAACCUGCCAAAAGGGGCGAACAUGCCCAAAAAGAGGAUAUGUCUGCCCAAAGAAUUAGAAGGCCAGCCUGAUAUGAAUGCAUGUCAGGCUGCCUGCCAAUCAUGCAGCUGGCCAACUAAGGGCAUACUAUGCAGACAGCACCCUGAGCUUGGCAUAAAUGUGCCUAAUGAUGCGCUCACUCAACGCUUUCUAAGGACUGUUCCCUAGCACUCGCUGGUCCACUUGUCUCCUUACCUUCUUACUAGCAGGCAAAAGCUCCUGGUAUAUGGUCUGGGACAGAGAAAAGCUGUAUGUAGUGAGUGUAGAAGAAAGGGAACAUGCCACAGUGUUAGAGAGACCAAAGUCAUCAUUACCUUAAAGGAUCACUAUAGGGUCAGGAACACAAACAUGAAUUCAUGACCCUAUAGUGUUAACACCACCAUCUAGCCCCCUGGGCCCCUCAUGCCUCCAUAAAUAUAGCAAAAUCUAACUGUAUUCAAGCCUGAAGCUGUAACUCUGCAUGUUGUUAGACUCAGAAAAACAAGCAGUCUGCUGACAUCAUUAGAAGUGGUGGCUUGAUCCAAUCACAGUGCUUAGCCAUAGGAUUGGCUGAGACUGACAAAGAGGCAGAUCAGGGGCAGAGCCAGCAUGAUUCAAACACAGCCCUAAGAGGCCCUAAGAGGAAAAAACUCACAGGCACUCCAACUUCAAGCCGCAGGCAGAUUUAUUAUGACAGAAUGCAACGCAACGUUUCGCAACGUUUCGACCGGAAAGGUCUUUUUCAAGCCGGUCGAAACGUUGCGUUGCAUUCUGUCAUAAUAAAUCUGCCUGCGGCUUGAAGUUGGAGUGCCUGUGAGUUUUUUCCUCUUGGAUUAUUGUACUGGGAUUGCUGGUCCUGCUCUGGAGCACCCUUGGCCGUUGGGACUGGGUGCGGUUCUCAUCACUUACUCUGCUCAAACACAGCCCUGGCCAAUCAGCAUCUCCUCAUAGAGAUGAAUUUAAUCAAUGAAUCUCUAUGAGGAAAGUUCAGUGUCUGCAUGCAGAGGGAGGAGACGCUGAAUGUUUGGAUGCAUUUUAGGCAGCUAUGACCCAGGAAGGAUCUCUAAGAGCCAUCUAAGGAGUGGCCACUGAAGUUAUCACUAGGCUGUAAUGUAAAGACAGCAUUUUCUCUGAAAAGACAGUGUUUACAGCAAAAAGCCUGAAGGGAAUGAUUCUACUCACCAGAACAAAUUCAAUAAGCUGUAGUUGUUCUGGUUACUCUAGUGUCCCUUUAACUAUAUUCAUUGUCAGCCAGUCCACACACGUUUUUGUUCCCAUACAUCCCCCUUAAAUUUCCAUACUUAAGUAAGGGUAUGUGAAAAGUAGUUAGGGUUGCCACCUUUCAUGGAAAAACAUACCGCCCUUGCUAAUUUGCAUAAUUAAAUAUGUAUGGGUGACAUCACAUGAUGUAAAUCACAAGGAGUGACAUAUGACAAAUGCUGUAAAAUCACCAAAAAACUACUUAGUUUGAUUAUGCUGUAGAUGGAUUCCUCCCAGUGGCCCCAUGUCUCCCAGUGCCCCCAUGUGUCGAUUACUCCAGGUCUCAGUGUUCCUAUGUAUCAGUGUCUCAGUACCCCAUGUCUCCCAGUGUCCCCUAGUGUCGUGUCCCCAGGUCUCCCAAUGAUCCUAUGUAUCACAGCCCCAUGUCUCCCUGUGUCCCCAUGUAUCCCAGGGUCCCCAUGUCACUAGGAAGACAGGAAGACCUGGGGACACGGGUAGACCUAGGGACACAGAGACACCAGUGACACUGGGAGACUAGGGGACUCUGGCUGGGAUGCAUGGAGACACUGGGAAAAUAGGGGACACUUGAAGACAUGGGGACACAGACACUAGAGACACUGGCUGGGGGACAUGGGGACAUUGAGACAUGGGGGCACUGGGAGGCAUGGGGACAAGGAGACACCAGGACCACAGACACUAGGGACACUAGCUUGGAGACAUGGGGACACUGAGACACUUGAGGCACUGGGAGACAUGGAGGCACUAGGAGACAUGGGGACAGUGAGACACUGGCAGACUGGGGGCACUGGGAGACUAGGGGGCACUGAGACACCAGGGACACUGGCUGGGGGAAAUGGGGACACUGGGAGACUGUGUCUGUGUCAUAAUGUCUCCCAAUGUCCCUUAGUGUCUCAGUGUCUGCCAUAAUGUCUCCCAGUGUAUGUCUCCUUGCAGCCUUCCCCCCAUCCCUUACUUCCCUGAGCUGUAGGCUGUCUCUGCAGGGUGGGAGUUGCUGUCUGGACUCUCUGUAGCUGCACCCCUCAGUGAGUAUAGAUAGGCAGGGAGGGAUAUGCUGGAAUGUCCUUUCCCUGCCUGUCUCCACACACAGCGACCCCUACUGGCCAGUGCAGGUAUUGCAUAGUAAUCUCUUGUUUAUACUGAGAAAAAUACCAGCAUUUGUACUGCCAGUAUCACUGCAAUAUUGGCACCAGCCAGGCAGCCUCAAAUACUGGUUGUGCCAAUAAAAUAAAAGCCAGGUGGAAUCCCUAAGAGUAGUGUGUGAAAAAAAAUGUUAAAAAAAAAAAAAAAAAUUUUUAUUUUUUUAAAUUUUUUUUUAUAAAUCAAUGGGCCUAUUCCAUGGGCCUGGGCCUGGAGCUGCAGCUCCAUCAGCCCCUAUGUUAAUCCGGCCCUGUGUACACCAGGGGUAGUCAACCUUUUUCCACUUACUGCCCACUAAGGCAUCUUUCUUGAUGGCAACAUUUCCUUACCGCCCACCAGUUUUCACGCAAGUGCAGAAUAUUUUUUAGAAAGUAGGGUGUUUUAAUUUUUUUUUUUUUUUUUAAAUGUACGUACAUUUAUCUUUUUAUUUCUACUUUAUGCAUGUUUGUAAUGUUUUUAACUUUAUAAAGUUUAAUGAGAAAACAAUAAAGUAAAUUGAAAUUACCUUUACUAGUAUUAAUGAGAUCCUUGAGGCUGAUGCUGCGAGACUAAAUAUUUGAUAUCUGGUUUGAUUUUCGUAAGGAACAAACGAAGGUCUCCUCUUUCGGUGAUAUUCAGACGAUUUCUCUGUUUGCUUUUUUAUUUUCCUUCUUUCUCCUUUUUUCCAAGUACUCUGCUCCUUCUUUCUCCUAUUCUUCAAGUACUCUGCUCCUUCUUUUUCCUACCCUUUAAGUACUCUGCUCCUUCUUUCUCUGAUUUUCCAAGUACUCCACUCCCUGCUAUUGUGUAUUCCCCUACCAACUCCUCCCCUUCCUCUACCCGCGUGUUACACUUGUUCACGAGCGCAUGCAUUUGUGUGUGCGUACACACGCGCAAUAUGGGCGCACAUGCGCAUUCAGGCACACACGCUCGUUAGGAAGGUUUGGUAAUUUGUACCCAAUGCAAUAGCUUCAGCUCUAUAUAGUAGUUAAAUUGCAUAGAAUGUGUCCCGUGCCUCCCCCUCCCCCCCACCCUCCUGCCAUAAGCCCUGCGUUGUGAACUUGAACAAUUUCCCCUGUUCUCUGGGCUGCCUCUGUGUGGAAAGUCGCAUGCUGGAACUCAAUGAAGCAGGGCCUGAAUGGACAGCGUGAGAACAGACUGCGGCGGCAUCACUCAUGCAAAACGCAUGUUCCAGGUGUUCCCCCAAUUCCUUUAUUGUCUUUACCAUGACAACAACGUAGAGCGUGUCCUCGUGCUGACCGACAUUGGCACAGAGUUUAUGACAAUUGUCUGCCAGGAGGGAGAGGGAGCACAAUUUUUACAGUGUUAUCUGAAGAGAUCUAUAAAAAAUGUUUUAGGGAUUUUGCUACACAAUGUAUAGAUGGAAUCUGAUAAAGAAUUAAUUUCUGACAAGUGAAAAGUGGCAUGACAGAUGAUUAAUAUAUCCACAUUAUCAAUGUCCCGUUACUCUGAAACUGGGUCAUGUUGAUUGGAUAAGAAUGCUGGGAGUGGCUUUUUUUUCUUUCUUAUAAUUUCCAGUAUGCACAAUCACUUUGAGAUCAAGAGGAUCUGCACAUUCACCAUACCUCUCUGCCUAUGUAAUCUGUAAUGUUCUGCCCAUAUAAAGAAAACUUCAUUUAAAUUAAGUUGUUAUGAUACGUGGAGGACCCCAGGCACUUUCUUACUUUAAGGUGUUAAACUGUAUAACCCUACAGGCUGCCUUCAAUACCAGCCAAUGCCAGCUCUGCAGUUCCCCCAGACGGCAUCCGGCUUUUAAAAAACAACUUUUUUUAAUGAAGGGGGAGCUACUGACUGACUUAGAGUGUCAGCUGACUACUCUAUGCAAUCAGUGGAGGCACUCCGUAAAACUCAAUUUCUGAAACUGGUUGCCCCCUGGGUGAAAUGCAGAUCCAACGCUAGAAGCAGCCUUUGGGGUUAAACCAUUCAAAAAUGGUGUAAGGCUUUAAGGAAAGAAAGUGCUCAGGGGCUUCCUGGCAACAUAACAACUUCUUUUAGAUUAUGUUAAAUAUGGAGACCAAAGUGUUCCUUUAAUAUUGCACUGUUAAUUCACCCAGACAAUGUGGAACACUGCUCAUUUACCAUGUGGUGCUGGUAGUAGACUUCCUCUGAGAAUCUUGCAGUUUAGAUUGGAAAUCUGUUAUGUUUACUUUCAUAUUUUAUUUAAUAGAAGGUUGUUCCCAGAUUUAUAUAUAUAAAUGCAUGUCAGGCACAUGUCAUUCCUUGGUGAGGCACAAUUACAUUUUACCUGCUUUCUAUGGCGUGCACAUUGAGCCCUGUAUCUAUCCAUUUUGAUUCAUGCCUUGAUCCAAACCUAAAUCAUACAUCAAUCAGGAUCAUUUGGCAAUGGAUACCCAAAGCCAAGGACACAGCCUCUGGAUUAAAGUGGUUUCCCUGCUUCAGAUAUCCAGACACUGGAGUACUAUCCCUACCAUUUGUCUAAACAACCUAUAAUAACCUUAGAACCAGUGAGUGAAAUGGUGAUUGAUGAGCCAUGAGUAAAUCUUAGGGCCACAGUUAAAGUGACAGUCCCUCCGAAGGUUCAUCUCAGGACUCCAGAUGGCAAACUAGUUUGUUGAACCUCAUUAACUAGACAAAUAAUUUUCCAUCUGAUUUCCUUUAUAUUGCAAUAAACCACAGCUCCUAAAAAACGCGUGCAUCUUUUUUAAUUGCUCUCCUUUUGAAAUCAUUAACUUCUAUAACUUGGACAGCUCUUCUCAGCUUAAUGAACAAAGCUUGCAUGAAUCCAAAAUCUCCUCUUAAAACCUCUCACAGCUAGAGCUUUAUACCCACGCAUGGAAUUCCUAGUUAGAAGCCCUUGUCUAAUAAUAUACUGUAUUAUUAUAUCAAAAUGUGUUAUUCUUACCUACCAAACCAUCAUUCGCCUUUGUUCGUAUAUCAUUAACCUCUUAACAUUAGGGUGUGCUGUGCUGUCCUAGAAAAGGAGGGCUUUAGCGCUGUUAGGGCAUACGUGCGUCCACACAGGAUCCGAUUGGGGGAUGACUGCCUGACAACAGAGGCACUCAUCCUGACGAUCUGCAUCAUGUGAUCGCGAUGACACAGAGAUCACAUGACCAGGUCGGCCAGCAGGGGGACUGCAUGGGUUGUCAGGCAGAGUCCCAAACAUAUAAUGAAUAAAACAUUGUAUAGAAUAGUAUAUAAAUAAACACUUAUAAUUAAAUUAUAUUUAUAUUGUAUUUUGAGAUAUGUGUGUGUGUGUGUAUGCAUGUUUAACUUCAUUCUUAGUGUAUAUUGAUAGUUAUUGUUUCCUUGUGUUUCUUAAAGAGACACUAUAGUCACCAGAACAACUACAGCUUUUUUGAAUUUGUUCUGGUGAGUAGAAUCAUUACCUUCAGGCUUUUUGCUGUAAACACUGUCUUUUCAGAGAAAAUGCAGUGUUUACAUUACAGCCUAGUGAUAACUUCCCUGGCCACUCCUCAGAUGGCUGUUAGAGAUCCUUCCUGGGUCAUGGCUGCCUAAAAUGCAUCCAAACAUUCAGCAUCUCCUCCCUCUGCAUGCAGACACUGAACUUUCCUCAUAGAUUCAUUGAUUCAAUUCAUCUCUAUGAGGAGAUGCUGAUUGGCCAGGGCUGUGUUUGUGCUGGCUCUGCCCCUGAUCUGCCUCUUUGUUGGUCUCAGCCAAUCCUAUGGGGAAGCAUUGUGAUUGGAUCGGGCCACCACUUCUGAUGAUGUCAGAGGAAGUUCACAGGCAUUUUGCUACCACCUGUCCUGUUGGAUUUUAAGCCCCACCUCCUAUAGACUGUAAGCUCGUUUGAGCAGGGCCCUCUUCAACCUAUCGUUCCUGUAAGUUUUCUUGUAAUUGUCCUAUUUAUAGUUAAAUCCCCUCUCUCAUAAUAUUGUAAAGCGCUACAGAAUCUUUUGGCGCUAUAUAAAUGGCAAUAAUAAUAAUAUAUGUAUAUUUAUGUGUGUGUGUAUAUAUUAUAUGCACAAGAUGUUGAAGAGAGCACUCCAGAGGAUUUGUUUAACAAGUUUUAUAUGUGAUGCAAAAUGAUCAAUGUUUCGACCCAAGGGGUCUUUGUCAUCUUGACAAAGACCUCUUGGGUCGAAACGUUGAUCAUUUUGCAUCACAUAUUAAACUUGUUAAACAAAUCCUCUGGAGUGCUCUCUUCAACAUCUUGUAUUUAUCCACGCUGUGCAGCACCGAGGUUCAUCUCAACGAACUCUUAAAGGUAAACUUCCUUACUUUUUCCAUAUAUGUAUGUGUGUGUAUGUGUAUGUAUUUAUAUAUAUAUGUGUGUAUAUGUAUAUAUAUAUAUAUAAAUGUAAUUCAGCGUGUAUAUUUAUGUAUUAUUUUUAUCAAAUUAGGUGAUUUUAUUAAUUAUAUAUUGAGGGACCUGCCUGACAACCCAGUCAGAAAGUCCAUAAAAUUGUAUUUGCUCUAUAUUUGACCCAGUAACAAGUGUGGGUGCACUUAAUAUGAAAGAGAUACAUGGAUGAACAGACAUAUAUUCAAAUUCUAGGUUUUGUUCAGAACUUGUACAAUUGCUGCCGUCCUUAAAGGGACACUAUAGGCACCCAGACCACUUCAGCUCUUUGAAGUGGUCUGGGUGCAAUGUCCCUAUUGCUUUUAGUGCUGCAAUGUGAAACAUUGCAGUUCUAGAGAAACUGCAAUGUUUACAUUGCAGCACUAAGUCUGCCUCCAGUGGCUGUCUGCCAGAGAGCCACUGGAGGCGCUUCCUGCCUCCUAACGGACCUUUGAACUGUAAACUGAUGCUGGACGUCUGAACAUCCAGCGUCAGAUUUUUUCCCCAUAGGAAAACAUUGAUUCAUUGCUUUCCUAUGGUGAGGUCUAAUGUGCGUGCGGCAUUUGCCGUGCAUUUACAUUAGCCCAUGCUCAUCGCCGAACUUCGGAGGAGGUGGAGCCCUCGACGGGGUAAGGUAAAUAAAUAAAGGGUUUUUAUUCAGUUGUCAUCUGACCCACAAAACUGAACUGUUGUGUGUUCAUUCUAAGUGUGUGUGUGUGUAUAUAUAUAUAUAUAUAUAUAUAUAUAUAUAUAUAAUUUUCUUUUAAACAUAGUUUGUUUAUACCUGGAAUGUACAGGUACCUUAGUCAAGUGAGAAUCAAGUUAACCAUAAGGAUAUGUCUGUUAAACACUGGCUGGAUUAUGACUUACUACUUUGUUAACAAAAAAACAAAACAUUAAGAUUUAAUUAUAUGUGAGCGAGAGCCAGAUAGCCUCCUGAUAUAGUAAAACAUUAAUUCAAUCAAAGGGGGAAUUACACAUUUAGCAGCGGGAAAGCCAAGUGGUCUAAUAACUUGACGGAAAAUGACCUUCCGAAGUACUACAUCGGCCAAGUCCAAUUUCACCAGCCUGUAAGUUAUUAUUCCACUAACACACACACGUUGUCAAGAGCUGCUGGUAUGUAGCUAGAUUUAUUGAACAAGGUAAAUCAUGAAAUAAGUUAAUUAAUUAGCAAAUUAUCAUAUGGUGAUUAAACUGGCCAAAAAGUCCCCACACUCACUAAAGCACAGUUAUCGAAAUAUGGCAACCACUGGAAUAGCGAUGGCUCAUUUUGGCAUCUUCAAUGUUUGUAAAGUGCAUUUCCCAUGGUGCUCUGCAAGCCUUUAGAGUGCCGCAUUGUGUUUACGCUCAGUCUCUCUCUCAAAUCAAAAAGUAACAUGCUCUGUUUUUGGUUUUUUUUUACCUUUUGGCUCAAAAAUUAGAAAGUAACAUUUAAGAAUGUACUGUGUUUCUGAUAUCAGUGUUCAUGUCUGAGCAGAAGUUAUUUAUUAUUAUUUUAGAGCUUUUAUUUGUAGAAUCAGACUAAUUAUUCAGACCAGUUUGUGCUGAUGAGACACGUGUGUACUAAAUGAAUAAGUUUUGUUAUAAGGAUUCUUUUUCAUGAUGCAUAAAACUAUCUUUACCAUCUGCAGAUUGUGAUAUCCCCUGGUUCAGUCUAAUUUCCUGUACUAUUUAUCACGUUCAUGGAAAUGAAAGCUCUCCAGCAUCCAAUUCCUAUUUAUUUUGUGGGGGUGUUAUUCACUACACAGUACAUUGCAGUGAGCUGACAAAUCUCUAGCUCACUGGCAUCUAAUAAGUUACAAUACUCUCCAUUUGUACCAUCUGAGCUGUUUUCCUACCAUAUGGUAAACGGUACUCUGUAACUCUCCGUUUAGUAAACUUUCAAACCUGCAGAAAUAAGGGAGUAACAGUGCCCUCUCGUUAAAGUAGAAAAAAAUUGUUACAGGAAAAAGAAAAGUACAUUUCACAAUGGAAAUAAGUCGUGUCCAAAUGUAUAUAUUUCCAUAAUCAUUAAAUGAACUCUCGAAGCAAUAGAAACACUCCAGUCCUCUGUAGUGCUCAUAAUGCCUGGAAUACCCAAGCAUUCUCCCAAAGGUUAUGACCCAGUUGCCUGCAAAACAUCUGGUAUUCUCCUGUUAGAGAAGUCUAAUGUUUUCAGGAGCUAAGCACUUCUCAAUCAAGGCCCUCACUUAUUGGCUAGGGCUGCACAGCUGACUCUUUCAGGCAAUGAGAGAGACCCUACAGUUGAAACAUUUUAAAUAAUAAAGUGAAAUAAAAACUAGAGUUAACUGUUAGAAAAUGCCAUUAUGUAUUACAAAGUGUGUGUGCAAAUUACUGGGCACAACAGUAUUGAUCCCUGAUACUAGGGAUCAACCAAUAUAAUUUUUUCAGAUUAUUGGUUCCUUUUUGGGCCGUUCGCCAAUAACCUGUACCAAUAUCCUGUACAUUUUAAAGUUUUCAAAAGGCAACACAAUUUUAAAACAAGUCUGGCAUUUACUGAACAUGCUGACAGUGAUAUUCUCAGGCAGCCAGAGAGAUCCCAGCAUUCACUUUAUCACCUCCCUGCCUUCAGCUGAGCUUUGCAUGCAGGGAGUCACAGGGAUAGGUAGCGUGUGGUCGCAAUGUGCAGCCUCGUUGGCUGACGGCUGGAGUUUCCAGAUACGGAAGAUGGCUUGCAGUGACUGGGAGUGGUGAGUGAGUUAUCGGUAAUAUAUCUGUCAUUUACAAUGCCGAUACAGCUUAUCAGAAGUAUGCAAAUAUUGGCUGUAAUAAUUGGUAGAACCGAUAAUUGGUCUAUUCCUACCUGAUGACAUAGAAAUAUAACAUUGAUCGUCUAGCAAAAAUAAUCCCAAACUAUGGUUGGAAACUGUAAACAAUAGAAAUAUAUAGUUUAUAGAUACCUGAGUUGCCAAAGUUCCUCUACCCCUUUCUGACACAUUGUUUUGAAGGUAGCAUUAUUCAUUCUUUUUAGACAGACUAUCUCAGAGAUUGUUUUUGAUGACCUCUUUCUGUAAUAUCCUCAGUCUGACUUUCCCUUACCUACUAGAACACAUGCUGAGAGUUGUUACCAUUUCUCUAAAACAUUAGUAUAACAAUGCAGGUAGGAUAAGGUUAAAAUGAAUAUCAAAGGGUGCUGCAAUCACCAAUGUGAGUCACUUUUUCACACAAAUUAAAACCAUACAGUGUAAUACAAUCGUGGGUGGUGAGAGCACUCAAAUAGAUAUAAUAAUUGCACGUUACCCUUUUGCACGUGUGAAUAUAAAAAAUCUUUCUUAUUGUCCGUAGAAAUAUAAAACAACUUCUAUAAAUAUGAAAAUAGAAGAAACCGCAACAUAGGGUAAUAACAUAGCAACUGAAUAUAACUUAAACUGAUAAUCCGUUCAACUCACAUGUUCAUGAGCCACUUAUGAAAAGCUGGCUCAGACUAGAAGCAUAUCUGAUAGAUGCACGUGGUACACAAACUCCAAGCUGGAUCACCCCCGUGGUCCUUGGUUCCUAUUGCCUAAAUACUCCAGGAUGCAGGAAAUAUGCAAGAAACACUUUAUUGGACACACUAAACAGGCAGCUGGAUAAAAAAUAAAUACAAUAUAAAAAGACCACUGUGCUAAGAUAGAACUUAACGCGUUUCGGCAAAGCCUUCUUCAGAAGUUCUAAAACAUGCCUCAUUCUUUUUUUUUUUUGCUUUCUUACAGAUACUACUGGCUGGCUGGACCACUGGCUGCAUCUCCUCCUGCAGAACCUGACUGUGUGCCGUCCGGUAAGGAUUUCCAGCAUUAAAUAUAUCUUCUUUUGGAUUUGGUAUCUGUACAAAACUGCACGAUUAAAGUGGAGUUUUUAAUAUGUCAAGCUUCAUUUGAGUGAUGCUGUAAUGUGAUGCAGUUUUGGUCUUGAAUUUGCAACUCUUAUCUCACCAAAAUUCUUAGUUUAGUGACUGCACCCGUCAAAUUAACUGCAAUGAGGAUUGUAAACCAAGCCAUGUGUGUAAUAAAUAUAUAUAUAUAUAUAAUUAUAACAUGAUCUUAUAAUGUCCCUGUAGAUUAUUAUUAUAUUUAUAUAACGCCAACAAAUUCCAUAGCGCUUUACAAUGGGAUAAGAUGAUGAUGUGUUAUUCUGAACGGGUCUCCAAAAACCUUGGAAGUCUCUUUUUCACAUUAACUCAUUUGUGUUUCGUUAAAAGGUUUCUUUCUUUUAAAAGAAAAAUGUAUUGUUGUAUUCAAAAACAUACAUCGUAUAAUGGUACGUUCAGGUUAAGAGAGGUAUUCAUACAAAGAGAGUGUCAUACAAAAAGAGAGAUUGAUAGAGUGUAACGUUAUGCAGUCGACAGUAUAACGACAUGUGACAGUGCAAUGUAAUGACUUGUGAUCGUACAAACAUACAGUACAGAUGUGCUCUUAAUAUAACUCUAUCUCAUAUUUGGGUGCCAAGUAAUGGUUAAUCAUUGAGAUCUGUUCAGAGAAGUCUAUCUCUUUGAAUUUCACUAGAUAGGUAAUAUCCAAAUGGUAUAAACACGUACCACGGGGAUUUGUUUAUGGCAAGUUAUACAAAAUCAUAACGUAUUAUUUCGUAUAAUAACAGUAUAACCCAUGAGUCAUCAGUCCAAUGGAGCCAACUUGGGUUGCUUUGUUGCUGUGCCGAGGGAGAAGGCGGACAAUAAGGUGACGUUUUGCGGUACCUAUGUAUGUAAAUCUAUAAAUUUCACGACAUCCUAAUGCAUCUCAUUUUACAUUGUAGGUUCAGUGUUUAAUACCGACGUUAAGAGGUUUCUAUCUUUAACAAACUUUCUCUCCUACAAAUUGAAAUCUGCUCUCUCAGAGAGAACCAGGUUAAUACAAUGCCACAUCCCAAAUCAUAUGUAAUAUAAUGGUUACUUGUUGGGCAUAUGCCAUCUUUAAAAAUUAAUUUCUUUGGAUUCAUGUCUUUCAGUACUUUGGGUUAGACAUGUAUUUAUUGUACUAUUAAUACAUGAGACCUUAAACUGCACUUUUUCACCUAUUCUGAUGCAAAAGGGGAGAUAUUGGAAAAUAUGUCUCAUUCCUUGAGCCCACUUGUUUGAAUCAAGUGUGUUUACCCCCAAAAUCAAACUGCUGAUCCCAGCAAGUUCCUAUAAAACUGGAUUUGCAGCUCCCUCUCAUGGGUGGUCUUAGAAUUGGCAAGACCCUUGCCAGCAUUUUCUUGGAAAAUUAUGUCAUUGGAUUUCUUCUCCUUCUUUUUCUAGUAUUGUCUCUGGACCUGGAAUCCACACUGUGGCCAGUUUUUUUUUUUUUUGCUUUUUCUUUGCCAUGGAAUAUAAGAAACCCUAGACCCAAAAGUCUGGGAAAAGAAAAAGAUGACUGAUGCUUCCAGUGAAAAUAUAAAUGAGAGAGAAUAACAUUUACAUUUCUAUGUGCAAAUAAUGUGACAUAGUGCUUUAAAGGAGCACUGUAGGGUCAGGAAAACAAACAUGUAUUCCUAACCCUAUAGUGUUAAUACCACCAUCUAGCCCCUUUGAUUCCCUCUUGCCUCCCUAAAUAUAGUAAAAUCUUACUUUUAUUCAAGUCUGCAGCUCCUGGCUCUGCCCCUGUUUGCCUGUGAACUGCCCAUGUCUGCUGACAUCAUCAGAAGUGUUGGUCUGAGCCAAUCACAAGGCUUCCCCAUAGGAUUGGCUGAGACUGUCAAUGAGGUAGAUCAGGGACAGAGCCAGCACAAGUCAAACAGCCCUGGCCAGCCAGCAUCUCCUCAUAUAGAUGAAUUGAAUCAGUGCAUCUCUAUGAGGAAAGUUCAGUGUCUGCAUGCAGAGGGUGGAGACACUGAAUGGCAAUCACACUGUGCAGCACUGCCCCAGGAAGCACCUCUAGCAGCCAUCUGAUGAGUGGCCAGUGACGUUAUCACUAGGCUGUAAUGUAAACACUGCAUUUUCUCUGAAAAGACAGUGUUUACAGCAAAAAGCCUGAAGAGAAUGAUUCUACUCACCAGAACAAAUACAAUAAGCUGUAGUUGUUCUGGUGACUAUAGUGUCCUUUUAAAGAAAACAAAACACAAUUUCUUACCUGUAGUGCAUAAAAUAUAGAAAUGCUAGAAUAAUUACAAAAAGAAAAAAUACAAAACCUAAAUGUGUUUAUCACUUCAGUGCGUUCAUUUGUUAAAGAGCUGUGAGCAGGCCUGAUGGAACAUGCCAUAUGGGUGCCCACCACAGGUUAAGCAAUGUAUCCCAAUUUCCUAGCUACUCCAGCCGUCUCUAUGUACUUGCACAGAAAGCCUAAUGGAUAGGCCGUAGGAAAAGCUAUUAGUGUGUAUUCUGCUGGUCCCUUGCUGGGAGUAGGAAUCUAAUAUUUGGUCUUGUUCGUUGCUGGAAUUUGGAUAAGCCUAUUUACUUUGCCAGGGCACAGUUUGAGUUUACGUAGCUCAAACAAAGGGGAAUGCACAGCUUUGAUUUCUACUAGUAUUUAUGGACAGCUAUUAAAUUAGCUUUCAAGGCAACAAUACGGUGCUUAUUUCUGGUUAGAUCAGCGGUUCCCAAACGGUGUGCUGCAGCACCCUAGGGCGCCGCAAAGUGCACACAGGGGUGCCGCAGAAUAUUUCCCUGGUGCUAUGAUUAUAGCACCGGGGAAACAUUAGUGCUCAACAGGGACCCGGUCGAGUGCCACGGUCCUUUAAGAUGACGACUGGGCCCCUGUAAUGUCGGCCGGCUGGAAGUGACUGCCUGUCACUUCCUCCCAGUAUCAUGCAGGGAGACAGCGCGGGAGGGAGAGGAGGCAGCCGCAGCGUGAGGGGAGAGGAGCCAGAGGAGUAUGAGUGUGUGUAUGAGGGUGUGUGUGUCAGGGUGUGCUUCUGUGUCUGUGUGCAUGCACACAUAUGUGCAUCUGUGUGUCAGGGUGUGUGGUUUUAUGUCAGUGUGUAUCUGUGUCAUGGUGUGGGUAUGUAUCAAUGUGUGUGUGUGUCAGGGUGCAUGUGUGUAUAUGUCUGUGUAUGUGUGUGUAUGUUUCGGUAUAUUUAUAUCCAUCUGGUUGUUAAUGUACAUGAAUACCUGUGUGUGUAUGUCUGUAUGUAUGAAUGUGCAUACAUCCAGUCAAACACCAGCACAACAUACAAGCACACUCCUGCAUUCAAACAAACAAACAAACAAAAUAUAUAUACAAACACACUCCUACAAUCUAACAUAAACACACCCCUUCACACAAAUGUACAUCCACAUUUAAAAGUGAACAUUACAUUCAGACACACCCCUGUAUUAAAACACAAUAAAUGUAUACAAGCACCCAUCCAAACACCAACACUGUACAUUACACUAAAGCACCACUAAAUGCCGCAGUGCUGUACAGAUAUACAACCUAGAAAUUUUGACUUGGGGUGCCUUGGAAAAAUACUGAAACAUUAAGGGCGCCUUGAACCUAAAAAGUUUGGGAACCACUGGGUUAGAUGCUCUCAGAUUUGCUAAUAUGUUCAGGAGGCAGUGAAAACUUGCAGUACAACAUCCGUAUCAAACCUAUUCAAACUAAAAUCUUAGCAGUGGCUGACUCGACUCCUGGUUUGAAAAUCAUUCUGGGAGUUUCAGUUUAAAACUGCGUAGAUGUCCAUAUUUGACAAUCCCAGUUUAUACCUUUCAAGGAGAAUGAUCACUUGACCCUUCAAUAUUAGAUACUUAAAUAAUCAACAAAGGACAUGUAACAUGACUAUUUUUUAGUUGUUUUUCUGUUUUCGUAUUUUGUCUCUAACAGAACAAACACCAGUUCCUUUAUAAAGUGUUACUUUUAUAUUUCCCUUUCAACUGCCACACCCCACCUGUCCGUCAUCCCCCCCAUUUUGGUUUUACCUUUUUGACAUUUUAUUUAUUACUGGCAUUUAUAAAGCACCAACAUAUUCCCCAGCGCUGUACAAUUAGGGAAAAUAAACUACAAUAUACACAAACAAGUACAAAAAGUAAAGAGGAUGAGGUCCAUGAUCUAGCCAUUGAAGCUCAUUUAUAUAAAGUGUCUCAUUAGGUAGCCUGUGAGUUUACACUCCAAAUGCUAAAGUGUGGAUUUGAGAAAAUCUUUUACAAUUACUUUGUAAGAAAGUGAAAAAUAUGUAAAAAAUUUAGUGUGGCAAAUAUAGUAUGGGACGCAGGAAAAUAAAAAAAUAAAGUCACAAAAUAUUUUAUACAGAGAGAGAUGCAACUAGUGAAAUUGCCUUCCAGCCGUGGUGGUAGAAGCAAAUACAAUAACAGUCUUGGAAUGGACUCACUGAACUGGAUACUAAGAAUAUGGACCAACUUAUUUUUAUCUGUCGUCAAAACUCUUGUUUCUAUGUUUCCACUUUGCAAUGUGCCAUGCAUGCAUGUCUCGUCCGCACACUGGUACCAGCUUGUGUAUUGCUGCUUUGGCUACAUCCAGUGAUGCAUUAGCUAGUGAGUCAAACAUUUCACUCUCCAGAGCCAGUUCUCAUUGUCCGUUUAAUGGAGCGAAACUGGAACAGCAAGGCCAAAGAUAAUGAAGUGCUUUACUGUGAACACCAGUCCGAUAUAUUACAGGCUGCCACUAACGUUUCCUGUACAUCAGGUCAAAUCUGGAAUCUAAUGGAGCUUACAUUGAGAAAAUACAACCAGAUCAAUACGGCUGACAAAUAG